GUCACGCGCGCUUGGCAAUCCCCGGCACCUCUCCUCUCCUCUCUCUCUCCCUGGAGAAAUGAAGCAGUGACCCGACGAGGAGCAGCAGUAGCGAAGGAUGGGCGUGUUUCGUCCCUGAUCCGGAUGAGAUCAAGGCGCCGGCAACGGGAAGGAGGCGGCGGAGAAGCAGGAGCAGGCCAGCCGGGGCUGCUCCAGACCCCCCCAUCUCUCCCAUCGCCGCUGGAGGGGUCAUGGAGGCACUGAGCCCGGGAGGCUGGUAGCCAGCCAGGGCGCACCUACCCAACCUCGCCGCGCCCAGGCGCGCUCCUCUCUCCAGCUUCCUCCCGGCCGGGCCAGCGGCUCCACCUCUUCCUUUGCCUCUUUGAGCCGCUUAAUUCCCAGCAAGCGAUUAGCAGGCUCGGAUCGGAUCCUGCGGCAGGCGGCGCCUCCACCUCCUCCUCCUCCCGGCUUUGCUGCUGCUGCUGCUGCUGCGCGGCUCUUUUCCCUCCACCGACGGCGCGCUGCGCCUUGGAGAGGUUCCCGCUUCCUCGAGGGGGGCCGACCAAACGGAGACGACGACCCCCCACCCCCACCCCAACCAAGCCUCGAUUGCUUGUCCCUUCCCUCUGGAGACAGGUCGCCGAGGCUGCUGCUGCUUCCCUCUCUUCUCUUCGCCCCCCGAGGGGUCUUUGAAUUCCCUCCGUGCGCCCUUGGCUCUCCUUUCGCCCGCGCGCGCAAAAACGGGAAAAAAAAAGUUCCCGGCGAGGGAAAGGCGCACGUGGGAAAGGGAAACGAGAGAACCCGGGUGCGAUGACGCGUGGCUGGUGUUGUUUGAAGGACGGGGAGGGGUGAACGACGCCCGCCCUUCUCUCUCCCUCCCCGGGGAAAAAAAAAAGUCCACGUUGGGUUUGUGUAUCCGCGCGGGGAGUGUCUUCCCCAUCCCGCCCAGAUCCGGGGAGAGAAGCAAGACUCCGGUCCGUCAUGGUGAUCCGGGUGAGUUUAUAUGAUAGGAUAUGGUUUCUUUGCGGGGUUGGGGGGGCAAGCUGUUGGACGCGCGGACGGCAUCUGCACGGAUUAGGAUGGCUGGCCCUGGUUCAGACGUGCGGGCCGCGCGGUGGAAGGCUGCCGCAUCAAGUGAUGACUUGCAUGUGUGAACAGGAUGGGGGUGGGGCGGCGGCGUCACCCUCGCCGGUCACACUUUCUUCUCUCUGCCUCGAACGCGGUGGCUUUUUUUCUCGAGGGCUCGGCGCAUUCGGUUGCCCUGCGCUGAGCCGUCGUGAUCCGUGUAGAAGCCCCCGAACCCGUGAACAGGUUCCGCUGGAAAACGUCGCGUGGGUGGGGAGGGGUGUAGAACUUUGCCUGGGAUGGUGUCCCAUUCACGUGCUCAAGCCCUCCAUGGAUGCUCGACUGCUAAGCUUGCACGUGUGAACGCCCAGAAGCGUGGCAUGGGGGGUUGAGGAGAUGGGUAUUCAAGGUUUGUCUGGGGUGGCUCAUCCCGCACUUGCUGAAUGAAAUAUGAAAUUGUGUGUCUCAACCCAAAUGGCUAAGCUGUGUGAGUGUGAUCACACACACACUCACAAAAUUCCUCCCACCCCCAAUUGUAUCUAAUUUGUUCUCGCCUUAUCAUGAGUCCUCAGGUUCCAUCUUGGACUCUUCCCCCCAGUGGUAUUGUCUUUCCUUCUCAUAUGACAGGUUUGAGAACUUAAUACUGAGUCAUUGCGUCUCUCAAGUGCUGCAGGGUCAUCACACCUGCCCACCCACUCAAUUAAGUCGUGAUAGGGGCAAGAGAUGGGUAGCUCAGUGGUUAGAGCAUCUUUCUGCCUUGCAGCGAGAAGGUCCCUGGUUUAAUCCCCAAUGGCAUCUCCCGUUUGGGCUGGGAGAGGAUCGAUACCAGAAACCCAGGAGAGCUGCUGUCAGUCAGUGUAGAUAAUACUGAGCUAUGUGGACUAGUGGCCUGACUGGCAGCUUCCUAUUUAAUUCAGCUCCACUUUUUCAAUCAUGAGGACUAGCACCUUAAUAACAAGGACUAGCAUUUAUCUUGUUUUGAGGGGGUACAGACAAUACUGAACUGGAUGGGCCAGCUGUCUGACUUUGUACAAGGCAGCUUUUAACGUUCUAACCAGUUUCAUUCAAAAGGAGUUAGAAUGUGGCUUUGAUUUUUUUAGGGUGAAAGUGCCCCAUCCCUCCAGUUUAUCUAUCUGUGCUCCUCCUCCUCUUAAGUUCCAAGCUGCAGCAGAGAAAGAAAUGGUUGUGGGAAAUGAAACACACCUGUUUUGAUCUCGGUCUGACUUCUGCUUUUAUAAUUGGAGCAGUCCAAGUUUUUAACAUAUAGGUCUGUUACCCACCUGACUGUCUUAGAGGGCUGUAAACAGUUACUCUAGGGACACAGUGAUGUUUAUUACGCCGGUGUGAUGUAAUGGUUAGAGGGUCGAACUAGGACCUGGAAGACCAGGGUUCGAAUCUCCACUCAGCCAUGACCUUGGACCAGUCGCACCAUCUCUUAGCCUAACCUACCUCACAGGGUUGCUGUAAGAAUGAAAUGGGGAGGAGGAAAACCAUGUUCACCACAUUGAGAUCCUUGUAAGAUAAGGGCAAUAAAUAAUGAUGCCAAGUCCCUUGGUCUAUCUAGCUCAGUAUUGUCUACAAGGAUUGGCAGCGACUGUCCAGGCUUUCAGGCAAGAGGCAUUCCCAAGCCCCACCUGGAGAAGCUGGAGAAUGAACCAGGGACCUUCCCCAUGCAAGACAGAUGCUCUCUACCCCUGUCCUUGUCUUCCUUACCUUCAGAGCCAAGGUCUGGGUUCCCCUUUAAGCUACAUCACUGAUAGAUACCGUAUUUACACGAAUCUGAUGCGCCAUCAAAACACAUCAAUUUUCAGAACCUUGAAACCCAAAAAAGUAUUUGCUGGCUAGUAGUAGUAGUAGUAGUAAUAAUAAUAAUAAUAAUAAUAAUUUAUUAUUUAUACCCCACUUAUCUGGCUGGGUUUCCCCAGCCACUCUGGGCAGCUUCCAACAGAAUAUUAAAAUACAAUAAUCUAUUAAACAUUAAAAGCUUCCUUAAACAGGACUGCUUUCAGAUGUCUUCUAAAAGUCUGGUAGUUGUUUUCCUCUUUGACAUCUGGAGGGAGGGUGUUCCACAGGGCGGGUGCCACUACCGAGAAUGUACGGUAAAUGUGCCAUUGAAUCGAACGUGCAACUUAAAUUUCUCCCGCCCCCCAAAGAUGGGCAUUAAAUUCAAGUAAAUACAGUAAUAAAUCUAACACGUAGAAUUCCGUGCCACGGGAUGUGGUUGGCCAGUAGUACAAGGAGCUCGAAAAAGGGACUGGGCAAAUUGAUGGAGGGCAAGUCUGUUGAUCACUUUCAGCUACUGCAGUUAAGACUUUCAACCUCAGUGAACUAUUUAUCUGCCUGCCAGCUUUGUUGGAGGGAAGAUCUGGGCUCCCAGAGGCGUCCGGCUAGCCGCUGUUGGAAGCAGGAGGCUGGGCCAGGCUAUUCCAGCAGCUACUUCUUAAGGCCUUAUUUCCGUUGUAAGUUUGGCCCCACCUGUGCUCUGUACAUCUCAGGCAGUAUCAUACGACUUUAAAUAGUCACGGCUUCCCCCAAAGAAUGCUGGGAAUCCUUCCCAUGGAACUCUGGGAAUUGUAGCUCUGACAGCGGGUCUCUCCUGACUCUCAGCACCCUCAAGGAACUACACUUCCCAGGAUACUUCUUGGGGGAGGGUAAGCCAUGGCUGUUUAAAGCGAUAUGGCAUUGUUUUAAAUGUUAUAUCGCAGGUGGGGCCUUUGUUCUUUUCCCCAAAGACCUCAGAGGCUUCUCCCCAUUUUAUCCUCUCAACGAUUGGUUGAGAGAGAGGCCAUGGGGUUCAGGUGGUGACCUGAACCCAGAUCCCUGUGUGCUGUUGAACCUGAUUCACUAGCUAGGGUAUAAAUAAUAAGAUGAUUGACUGAUUGCAUUUUUAUCCCACUUUCUCUUUAAGGAGCUCAAGGUGGCGCACAAACGUCUCCCCAUUUCAUCUUCACAACAACCCUGCAGUGUAGGUUAGCUUGAGAGGUGGUGACUGGCCCAAGGUCACCCUCGCUGAGCUAGACGUGGCCGAGUGGGGAUUUGAACCUGGGUCUCCCAGGUCCUCCUAGCCCAGCGCUCUAACCACUGUGCCACACCGUCUCACAAUGCCAAAACAGUGCCUUUCAUUCUGCAUUGCGAGCUCCCCAGCAGCGGCCUUUUCAACUUGGCACCCUGCAGAAUCUGUCGGACUACACCUCCCAUCAGCUGGCUGGCUGGGACUGAUGGGAGUUGUAGUCCAACCAUAUCUGGAAGCCACCAGGUUGACAACAACUGCAUGGCUGCCUUUCCAAGUUGAAGGCAUCCCAGCUGCAUCCCGUGGAGGGAAACCACUGAUGAACCAGUUGGGACUGGAUGUAAACUUGGGGAUAGAUAGUAGAAUCAUAGAUUUGGAACAUAGCUGUCAACUUUUCCCUUUUUUAAAGGGAAAUUCCUUUAUUCCGAAUAGGAUUCCUCGCAAGAAAAGGGAAAAGUUGACAGCUAUGAAUUGGAGCGUUUGAAGGGUCAUCUAUUCCAACCCUCUGCAAUUCAGGAAUCACAGCUAAAUCACCUGGCUUUUGACCACUUGCAACCAAGUGAAGAUACCUUGGAGCCAGGAUGGCAUCUGAUAUCUUCCCCAUCUGGGGAUCUUUGGAUCUGGACUGUUUUCACACACUAAUACCCCAUUCUGUAGAAUUCGACCAGUUAUGUUUUAUCUCUUCGGUCAGAAUGAAUUUCUGCAACCAAAUUGCUUUCUGUGAGCAGCCUGAGCAGGAACACUCACCAUUAAGAAAAAGAGGUCAGGAUAGGCCAGUAUAUAUAUAUGUGGACUGUCCCUGGAUCAAGUGACUUUUCUUCUUUAAGUUCUCAAAGCUCUUAACCCAGCUCAAGGUUGUCAUCUGAACUAGCCAGGUGUUUAACUGAGAAUCAAUCACAGCCAGUCCUUUAGACCCACAGUCUUGCCCCCCAAAUGGCAACUAGACAUCCCUCUUUGCCAACUGCAACCUCGUUAAAUUUCAAGCACACCUGCCAACGGUACCCUCCCUCUGCCAAAUGCCUGGGAGCUGUUUGUGGAAGGGCACUUUGCAUAUACUCUGAUGCACCCAUUCUUUUGCUCUCUCCGAUCGCAGGGCUGAGCCGCCCUGAGCUGCCGUUAACGGCAGAAAACUAAACUCUUGGGCUGCUUCUCAAACUGAAGCCCACUUAAUGGGUGGGUCAGGUUCUGUACUGUGACUCCCCACCCCCCACAGGAUUAGGCCACUGUGAAUAAUGAGAGAGAAAGGAAGGAGAUGAGUACAAAGAGAUUCCCUGCUUCCCUGUCCCUCCCUGAAGUUCACAGGCUCUGAAUGGGAACUUUGCCCCUGAAUACGUGGGAUGAGUCAUCCUUACCAGCAGAGGGACUUGAGCCAGAAAGAAGUUUGUUUAGGCACCUGAAAAGCACGGAGCGAGGAGGUGGCUCAGUGCCCGGUUGGUUGGUUGGCACCUGAACCAGCAACACCCCCUUCCAGGGCCUCCAUGGAAACCUCCCUGACCCCCCAACUCCUAUUUGUGCAGACUGACCCACCCCCACAACUCAGCUGAGAGGUUUUCAACCAGAUUGCGGACCACAAUACUUGAAGCUCUCCAGUGGCUCCCCAUUUGUGGAAUGCUCUCCCCAGGGAGUUUCAACUGGUGCCUUCAUUAUACAUCUUUAGGCGCCAGAUGGAAAGGUUCCUUUUCAGCCACGCCUUGGGCUGACAGAACAUCCAAUGCCCUUUGAAAUGUGUUGUUUGUAGGGGGAAUUAUUGGUUUUUGUCCCUUUUUAAUUUAAUUUAUUUUUAAUAUACAGUAGUACCUCGGGUUAAGUACUUAAUUCAUUCUGGAGGUCCGUUCUUAACCUGAAACUGUUCUUAACCUGAGGUACCACUUUUGCUAACCCGAGGUACUAUUUCUGGGUUAGCAGAGUCUGUAACCUGAAGCGUCUGUAACCCGAGGUACCACUGUAUUGUAAUUUUAUGUUGUGAACCGCCCUGAGAUCUUACAGAUGAAGGGCAGCAUACAGAUUUAAUAACAAAAAUUUUGAAAAGCUGCGCCACCAAUUGGGGCGGCUGUAAAGGCUUAUGCUAAUCUGUGUAGGAUAAGGCUACUGUGUGUGUGUGUUGAGUUUUGCAGUGUGCCUCUGAUUGCCAGUUGCUGGAAAUCUCAGGUGGGGAGAGGGCUGUUAUGCUCAGGUCCUGCUUGUGGACUUCCCAGAAGAGGUAUCUAUUUGGCCAGUAUGAGAUCAGGUUGCUGGACUAGAUGGGCCACUGACUUGAUCCAGCAGGACUGUUCUGAUGUCCCUAUGCAGUGUUAGAAAUUCCCCAGGUGUGUUUUGCUACUGGUGCAGGUCCAAUUGCAACUCCGCUGAGAUUUACUGUAGUAGCUCGGGUUACAGAUGCUUCAGGUUACGGACGCUUCGGGUUACAGACUCUGCUAACCCAGAAAUACUACCUUGGGUUAAGAACUUUACCUCAGGAUGAGAACAGAAAUCGUGUGGUGGCGGCAGGAGGCCCCAUUAGCUAAAGUGGAACCUUGGGUUAAGAACAGUUUCAGGUUAAGAACGGACCUCCAGAACGAAUUAAGUUAUUAACCUGAGGUACUACUGUAUCUGCCUUAAAAGUAAAGGGAGACCUGACCUUUAGGUCCAGUUGCAGAUGACUCUGGGGUUGCGGCGCUCAUCUCGCUUUACUGGCCGAGGGAGCCAGCGUACAGCUUCCAGGUCGUGUGGCCAGCAUGACUAAGCCACUUCUGGUGAACCAGAGCAGCGCACGGAAGUGCCGUUUACCUUCCCACCGGAGUGGUACCUAUUUAUCUACUUGCACUUUGAUGUGCUUUCGAACUGCUAGGUUGGCAGGAGCAGGGACCGAGCAACGGGAGCUUAUCCCGUCGCGGGGAUUCAAACUGCCUACCUUCUGAUCGGCAAGUCCUAGGUUCUGUGGUUUAACCCACAGCGCCACCCGCGUCCCUCUGCCUUAGUCCAUCAUUAAUACCAUUUCCAUUUCCGCUGUGUGCUUUUCUCCCUCUUGCCGGUCCAAAGUGAAUUGCUGUAAGAGCAAGUUACCGUCAAGCAACGUAGCUGAGAUCAUAGAACUGUAGUGUUGAAAGGGAUCCCUGAGGGUCAUUUGGUCCAACCCCCUAGUGAAUUGACAGUCCAUUGUGGCGACUGUAAUCUAGGUUUAAGGUGCCAUUUGGCACCCAGCUUAUAUAUCUGAGUUUCUAACACUGUUCCUAUGCUAUGUUCUAGCUCCACUGUCAGAGACAAUGUGCCUCUGGAUAUCAGUGGCUGGGAAUAAUCAGUGCUUUUUUCUAAAAAAAUGUUUAGGGGUACUCUCAUUUUCCUACUCAUUAUUGAAAUACUGCUCCUCAAUGAGGCCAAACUUAGAUUCACAAAAUAUUUAGGGGUAUGCAUACCCCUGCGUCUCCCCAGAAAAAAAAGCACUGGGAAUUAUUAUUUAUUUAUUUAUUUAUUUAUUUAUACCCCUCCCAUCUAGUUGCGUUUCCCCAGCCACUCUGGGCAGCUGCCAAUAGAAUAUUAAAAACACCAUCAAACAUUAAAAUCUUCCCUAAGCAGGGUUGCCUUCAGAUUUCAUCUAAGCGUCAGAUAGUUGUUUACGGUAUUUCCUUGACAUCUAAUUGGCAGGUGUUCCACAGGGCGGGUGCCACUACCAAGAAGGCCCUCUGCCUGGUUCUCUGUAACUUCGCUUCUCGCAGUGAGGGAACCACCAGAAGGCCCUCGGUGCUAGACCUCAGUGUCCGGGCUGAACAAUGGGGGUGGAGACACUCCCAGAGGUAUACUGGGCUUUAAAGGUCAGCACCAACACUUUGAAUUGUGCUCAGAAACCGCAAGCAGGGAGAGAAUGGUGUCACACUCAGGUCCUGCUUACAGGUUUCCCUACAAGGAAACACUUGUUCCUGCCUUGCAGCGGGUUGACUCUCGUGGUCCCUUCUAGCUGUGCAAUUCUGUGAAUGUAAAGUGGGUGAUUUAAGGCCCUGCCCCUGCUGUCCAGGGUCAGUUUCUCUCUGUGUGUGUUGUAAAUUGUGGUAUCUCCUGAUUUUCUCUCCUGCCAGUGAUGAGCUGUGAGAAUAUGCAAGAUGGCUGACCAGAGCAACAUCCAAUCAGCGGCUUCCAAGAGCAUCCGCCCCUUCCGCUCCAGCGAGGAGUAUCUCUACGCCAUGAAGGAGGACCUGGCCGAGUGGCUCAACACCCUCUAUGACCUCGACGUCCAAGUGGAGAACUUCAUGGAUGUCCUGGAAACUGGCUACGACCUCUGCCAGCAUGCCAACAACGUCAACCGCAUUGCGCUGGAGUUCCAGCAGCUGCACCCGGAGGCGGCGUCUCACAUGAGGAUCCCGCAGAAGGAGGUGGUCUUCCAGGCCAAGAACGUCAUGCCAGGCUCCUUCAUCGCCAGGGACAACAUCUCCAACUUCAUCCAGUGGUGCCGCCAGGAGCUGGGCAUCCAGGAUGUCGUGAUGUUUGAGACCAACGACUUGGUGCUGAAGAAGAACGAGAAGAACUUCGUCCUGUGUCUCCUGGAGGUGGCCAGGAAGGGCUCCAAAUUUGGGAUGCUGGCUCCCAUGCUCAUCCAAAUGGAGGAGGAGAUUGAGGAGGAGAUGAGAGACCAGGUGGCCUAUGGUGAGUUGGAGACGGAGGAGGCGAGCGAAGUCCUGGGGCCCAAGUCUCCUGUUUACCCGAGCAGAAGCCAGAGGAUAACUUUGUGUGACCUCAAGAACCUGGAUGAGCUGGUGAGUCUCUUCUGUCCUGCUGGCAUCCUCUUUAUUUAUUUAAAAUGUGUCUCCUUUUACACACUGAACCCUUCUCCUGGCUGUAAUUCUGGAGGGCUGGCUAGCAAUUGCAUCAGCAUAUUUACUGAGUCAUGUAAAUGUUUGUUUAUGUCAUUAUUUUAAAAUAUUUCUAUCCCAGCGGGUAACAAACAGCCACAACACAGAUAUAACCCUCUUCUGGGGAAAAAAAUCCAAGUUAAUAAAUGAACAGCAUCCAACCUGGUUAAGAAAUUUCCAGCAUUACAGCAGUAACAGAACUGAGCCACCAUAGCGUUCGAAAUUCCCCAGGCAAUUUUUGCUAUUGAUGCAGGUCCAGUUGCGACUAUGUUGACAUUUCUGGGCGCCAAGGUUGGCAACCACAGUUUAAAAACCUCUGCCUUAGUCCCUCGUUAAUGCCAUGUCCAUUUCCGUUGUGUGUGUUUCUCCUUUCUGCAAGUGACUUUCUGCAAGCAAUGUAGUUGAGAUCAUAGAACUGUUGCACUGGAAUGUGAAAAGACGUUCCGUUGUGGCGACUAUAACUGAGAGUUAAUAUGUCAUUUGGCACCUAGCUUAUGCAUCUGGGUUUUCUAACACUGAGCCAGAAGUUUCCUCCUCCAACUUGGUGCCCUCCAUAUGUUUUGCACCAUCAGCUUCCAUCACCAGUCACCACUAGUCAUGCUAGCUGGAGCUGAUGGGCGCUAUGGUCUAAAACAUCUGGAGGGCACCAGGUUGGGGAAAGCUGCUCUGUCCACUGGGUUUCUGGAUUGUGUGCUUAAGUGUAGGUUUCAGUCUAAAUUCUGUGCUAGGUAGAACAGAAUUCUGCAACCUGGGUACGUUACACAUUUGCAUAGCAUCGUUCUGCAGAAUUUAAUUCUGCUUUGAUAGUCAUGGUGAAGGGCAAAGGCACAGAAGCUACUACACUUCAUGACCAGGAUCAAUCUCAUUCUGCAGCUCCUUCAGUUACUGCAUCUUUGGCAGGCGCCUGCUUUCAAGCACAUUUUUGCAGCCAUGGGGUCUAGAAUCUUGUUGGUUUGCUUUGAAAGGAAAGCUGAGCUUUUUCAUUCAGCGGAAUUCUGAGGCUGGAGCUGCAUCUUGCAUCCUCUCUUCAUUCUGCAAAGUCAAAGCUCCGUGAUUAGUGUGUUUGCUUUGCACACAGAAGGACUGAGGUUCAUUCCCCAGAACUACCAGGAAGGACAAGAAAUGUCCCCUGUCGGAAACCCAGGCAAGCUGCUGCCGGUCAGUGCAGACAAUACUGAGCUAGAUGGACCAAUGGUUCAGUGGCAAAGCAUCUGUUUUGCAUAGAAGAAAUCCUACAGUCGCUGGUGGCAUCUCUAGGUAGGGCUGGGAGAGACUCCUUGCCCAAAACCCUGGAGAGCUGCUGCCAGUCAGUGUAGGCAGCCCUGAGCAGAAUAGACAAAUUGUCUGACUCAUUAUAAGGCAGCUUCCUAUGUACGCACAGCCCUCCAUAUUCUCGGUCUACGUUUGAGGGGGUUGUCUGGGAUGUUAGGGGAGGGGUAGUACCUCUGGUGGGGGACACAUCGUGCUCCUUCUGGGGUACUUUGUCCACAGCUCUCAGCUGCGACUCCUAGAGGCUGUCAGGUUUCAGCAGCUGCCAAACCCUAGGAAAGGGGUUUGACUGGCUGGCUAAACCAAAAUAAAAAAAUUCCUUCCAGUAGCACCUUAAAGGUAAAGGUACCCCUGACUGUUAGGUCCAGUCGCGGACGACUGGAGUUGCGGCACUCAUCUCGCUCUAUAGGCCGAGGGAGCCGGCGUUUGUCCACAGACAGCUUCCAGGUCAUGUGGCCAGCAUGACUAAGCCGCUUCUGGCAAACCAGAGCAGCGCACGGAAACGCCGUUUACCUUCCCACCUGAGCAGUACCUACUUAUCUACUUGCACUUUGACAUGCUUUCGAACUGUAGGUGGGCAGGAGCUAGGACCGAACAAUGGGAGCUCACCCCGUUGCGAGGAUUCAAACCGCCGACCUUCUGAUCGGCAAGUCCUAGGCUCUGUGGUUUAGACCACAGCGCCACCUGCAUCCCUUCAGUAGCAGCUUAGAGACCAACUAAGUUUGUUAGUGGUGCAUGCACACUUCUUCAGACACUUUGAAGUGGGCAUGCACAUGAAAGCUCAUACAAAUAAUAAACUUAGUUGGUCUCUAAGGCAUAGCUGUCAACGUUUCCCCUUUUUUAAGGGAAAUUCCCUUAUUCUGAAAAGGAUUCCUCACAAGAAAAGGGAAAAGUUGACAGCUAUGCUCUAAGGUGCUACUGGAAGGAAUUUUUUAAUUUUGUUUCGACUACAGCAGACCAACACAGCUACCUACCUGUAACUGCGGCUAAACCAAGUGAGGGUUGCCAAUGGAUCUCAAACCCUCGGUGAGUUAGGGAUUUCCGGACGAGACCAAUACUGGGUCCAAUGGUCAGGAAGGUGGUCUCUGCGCAUGCUGCAGAGAGAAGUGAGGGGCAGAUGGGGCUCAUCAACUUGGGAAGGGAGCCCAUUUAGGAGAAGGAAAACUCUGGUCUUAAAUCUCCCCUGCCUUGUGGGAUAUCUUCAGGAAAAGAAAAGGCUAAGCCUAAGGAGUAAACCUUGCACAAAUCCAGAGUGGAGUCCCUAAGACGGUUGGAGGAUGCCUUGCUGCCAAGCUGGAUCACAUCAGCGAGGCUGAGAGGCGGGUCUUGUCGUCUGGGCAGCCCAGGACCUCCAUACACGCUGCCCAGGCUCGCGCCCAGGGAUGUGACUUUGGUCUCCACCGCAGCGAUUUGACUUCACCCCUUAAGGCACACUCCAUUGUCUCUCUAGUUAGGAGGAUGCCGACCUUUGAGGGACAGCAAGAAAUGGUCCGAUUAAUUGACAGCUGAUCAGGCUGAAGGUGUUUAUGAAGUGAGCCAAUGAAGGGAAGACAGCGCAGGGCUGUUUGCUGUGUUUGGGCUUAGCAUUUCUGUCCUCUUUGAACUGAAAUGCCCAAUUGAGGAUUAACCAAGCUGUCUUGCUUGGCAAGCUUAGGCUUCAGGCUGUUGUGUGAUUUAGAUCUGCAGGCUAUUUGCGGUUUGCUUCAGUGGAUAUGGGAAAAUUCCUCUUGUUGUUUCAACCCUCCUUUUAAAAAUAUUUGGUAGCUGUCAAUACGGGAUUCUCCUCCUUCGCAUGCCGUUUCCCUAAACAGAACACUGUUUAUUCAUUUGCUUUCGGUCUCCCUUUGCACACAACUCAUCUUCAGAGUUCCUUUAUCAGAUCUACAGAUUUCCCCCCAACCAUCUUUCCCGCCAAUGGUUGGCAUCGUAAUCAAGUUGAUGUGGUCUAGUGGUUAGAGUGUCAGACAAGAGCUGUGGUGCUGGGAAAUCCCCACUAAGGAUCUGAAACCCAUUUUCAAGAAAAGCUAAGCUUUCCCCACCUCCUCUCUCGGCACUAGGCAUUCAACAUUUUUAUGGAAUCGCAUAACUGUAAAGCCAGAAAGGACCACAAGGAAAUCAUCUGGUCCAUCUCUCCACAAUGCAGGGAAUUUUUAUUUAUUUAUAUAUUUUAAGAGACAUAUAAUUUAUUUUAUUUUAUUUAAUAAUAUUUAUGCACUGUUUGGUUUUGGGAAAACUUCUAGGCAGUUUGCAGGAAAUAUUAAAAGCAUCAAUAAAAACAAUUUAACAGCGUUGAUGUGCCUUGAAUAGGCUUGCCUAAAUGUUUUGAGUGCGCACCAAAAAAAUAAUAAUACAGUGAACAUGCCUGCCUGAUUUCAGUAGGCAAGGCGUUCCAAAGUGCUGCCACAUUAAAAGAAUAAUUUCCUACCUGUGUGGAACAGGUAUUGCUUGGCACUUGGCACAGUACUAGUUCCACAGAUCGAAGAGGUUUAGUGGACAUAUAUGUGGAAAGACUAUCCCGCAGGAGACUCUUGCCUCUCUUUAUUAUACUGUAUUUACAAAUACCCUGGAAGUCAAACGGAAUCUGUUCGACUUCCAAAACAUUUGAAAACCAAAGCUCGGCUUCUGAUUCGCUGCAGGAGCUUCCUGCACUCAGCUGGAAGCUGUGGAAGCCCCGUUUGACGUUUGGCUUCCAAAAAUAGUUUGCAAACCGGAACAGUCACUUCUGGGUUUGCAGCGUUCAAGAGCCAAAACGUUCGGAAACUAAGCUGUUUGGAAACCAAGAUACAACUGUAUAGUUUAUGUGUUCAUCAAUACAGUUGUCAUAAAAUUUCAAGUAAAUACAUGCACACACAUGUACACACACACAUCUUGCAGAUAAUUUUAAAAUUUCAACAUUCCAUAAAUAUUACAGUAUAUAAAUAUACUGAAAAUUUGGAAUAGAUAUAUUGCAAAACUAUAUGUAAGUACACAAACAUGUAUAUUUUUUCCUUAAAGGAGAUGUGGGCAAUCUCAGGCCAGGAGUGAAACAGUCCUGUCUAUCUGGCCCCUGCAAUUCUCCCCAGGCCACACCUUUUCCUGACCUGCUUCUUGCCCCAGGUGUGUUUUUACCUGCCUGGAAAGUGCCCUCAAAAACCCAUCAUGUCUCUUGUUUGCCUGGCUGGAGAGACGCAGAGGGGUGUGUGAGCUUGUGAACAAGAUAAUCUAGCCCACAUCCAUUGCUCCACCUACCUUUGUCUCUGGCCACACCCACCACUGGCAUGUGGCCCCUGGAAGGCUUCCCACAAGGGAAUGUGGCCCCCAGUGAGGAAAAAUUCCUGGGGGGAGUGAAAGACUAGAGCAGGCAUGGCCAAAUUUGGCCCUCCAGCUGUUUUGGGACUACAAUUCCCAUCAUCCCUGAUCACUGGUCCUGUUGGCUAGGGAUGAUGGGAGAUGUAGUCCCAAGACAGCUGGAGAGCCAAGUUUGGUCAUGCCGGGACUAGAGGUUCUGCAGUCCCAGCUCCUGUGGCCUGAUGGAAUGACUGUUGGAGACCAAUUUUGCUCUUUGCCCAUCCUGCAAAAUAUGCCUUUCUGAGCCUCUGCAAAUCUGCUCAGCAGAAUCCUCAGCAACACAGAGAUCCCCUUUCCUGGGCUGUUGUAAACUGCAGAAAACCUGGGCGAAGAGAUCUUACGGCACGCUUAGCUUUGGUGCAUGAAAAUAACUGGCUUCCACUCCAAAGUUUAGCGUGACGUGAGUUUUUUCUCCCAGGCUCACAGAUAUGCUCGACAGAUUCGGUGAGGAGUGAGAAGAUCUCUGUGUUACGCUGAGCUCUGAAACGGGUAGAAACUCCCCGCGCGAGAUUUGUGGGAUCUGCGUGGCUGCAGGGACCCCCGCUUCCACAAAUCCUAUGAUAUAAGUGCAGAGGACCUGAAGAAGGGUUAGCAAGGACCACAAUAAUGUCUGGCUGCUCAGGCAAGCCAGUAUCUGUGGACCGCUGCACUUCCAUGUUAAAUUGGCUUUUCACCUGCUGAAACAAUCCAUCAGAGUACGAGUCUCUGUGCAGUGAAGCGCAUUCGAUAGCCUCCUAUAGAAACGAUUGGCGGGUUGCUGUCAGGUGAAUUGCUCUGAUUCACUCUCAUGCUGUUAACUCUGAGACCUCUUAAUGUUUCUUGAGCAUUCUGGAAGGUGAGAACCAUUGUCCUCACUACUUUGAAAACUGGCCGCGUUCUAAACACUGCAGUGUACAAUUAAUUGACCCAAAACAUUUUUUUAAAAAAUGGUUUAGUGAGUUUAUCCUGCUUUGUUGACUUUGGAUCUUACGGAAAGUUUCUGCUUUGAAAGCGUGAAAUAUUACGUGCCUUAACAGUGAUGCUGUGUUUUGUUACUGUUGACACUUCGGCUUUUUAAUAAACACCCUCCCAAAACAUUGACGCAGGAAAACACCUCGCUAAUAGUUUGGCACAUAACCUUGGGAAUAACAGCGCCAUUCAUUUUGCUGCUGGGUUAUUUCUGAGGUGGACAAAUAUUAUGACUCUGCGUCUCAAAGGAGCACAGAGGAUGCUCUAUCGAGGCAGCGCUCUUUGAACGAACGAAAGAGUUCAGGAAAGUCAGGAAGCAUACGAGGGCUUGUCAGUAGAUGACAGAAGGCCCUUCUUUCAGAAUCCCUCAAAUCUGUGGAGGGCUCCCCUGGCUGAGGAGGGUUUACCGUAUUUUUCGCUCUAUAAGACGCACCAGACCACAAGACGCACCUAGUUUUUGGAGGAGGAAAACAAGAAAAAAAAUACUCUGAAUCUCAGAAGCCAGAACAGAAAGAGGGAUCGCUGCGCAGUGAAAGCAGCAAUCCCUCUUGCUGUUCUGGCUUCUGGGAUAGCUGUGCAGCCUGCAUUCGCUCCAUAAGAUGCACACGCAUUUCCCCUUACUUUUUAGGAGGGAAAAAGUGAGUCUUAUAGAGCAAAAAAUGUGGUAUUUCCAAGGCAGCCCUCCAUAAUUUAUGGAACAACAUCAUCCUUAUCCAAUAGCCAUGCUGGCUUGGGCUGAUAGGAGCUGGACUCCCAAGAACAUCUCCUUCCACCCCGGAUUUUUGACAGGGACCAAUUCUGUGCCCAGAAGCUUGUCCAUUGCUAUAACCCCUCCCCACCGAAAACCUGUGUACAGUUCUGGUUGCCUCGCCUCAAAACGGAUAUUGUAGAGGUGGAAAAGAUUCAGAAAAAGCAGCCCAAAGGAUCAAGGGGGUGGAGUAACUCCCUCACAAGGAAAGGUGGCACCGUAUGGGACUUUUUAGCUUAAGAGAAAAGGCGAGUAAGAGGCAACAAGAUAGAACUUUGUAAAAUCAUGCAUGGCAUGGAGAAAGUGGAGAGGGGAAAGCAAUUUUCUCCCCCUCUCCUGUCAUUGGAACUGAUGCACAUCCAAUGAAGCUGAACGUUGGAAGAUUCGGGACUGUUAAACUACGGAACUCUCUGCCACAGGAGGCAUCGAUUGCCACCAACUUGACAAGCCAUGAUGGCUGCGCUCUGCUUCCACAGUUGAAGGCAGCAAUGCUUUCAAAUAUCUGUGGCUGCAGGAGAGGGCUCUUGUCCCUGGGUCCUGCUUAUUGGUGCCCCCCGGCCUCUGUGAGAACAAGAUGUUGGACUAGAUGGGCCAUUGGCUUAACCCAGCAGGCUCCUUUAUGUUCUUACUGGUGUUUAUGGUUGGGAUGACAAAAAGCAGCUCUCACCAUAGUGGUCCAUGCAGGGUGCGGGGGAAUAAAAUCCCAAGCUCUGCUGUAGGGCCAAUGCCUUUAUUAGGAGCGGCUCAAAUGUCACAAAAUAGUGAGCAUGUCUUAGAAGUUUUCCGGAACCCUUAAUCAGGCUAAUAUGUUAAACAAAAUGAGAGGGAGGGAGGAAUAACCCUGGCAUGAUGUCAAAGCCUGGGGUGUUCUGCAUAUUGUAAUGGGAUCUGGAGAGAUCUGGAGACAUGAGCCUCCACUAGGCGCUAAAAAGAUGAUGGGUCAACCAUUUGACUGAGACCACAGUCACACCAUCUGUUUAAAGUAACAUGAGACGACUUUGAACCAUCGUGGCUUCCCCACCCCAAGGAAUUCUGGGAGCUGUAGUUUUGUCAAGGGAUGCAGAGCAUAGCUGUCAACUUUCAGAUUUGAAAAUAAGGGAUCAGCAUCCUCAAAAAUAAGGGAUCAGCAACCUCACCUGUCCCGGGGACAGUCUAUGGGAUAUCUAACAAUCCGGGAUAGCAGUGGGAAACGGCGCUGGAAUAAGGGAAUUUCCCGCAAGAAAAGGGAAGGUUGACAGCUAUGAUGCAGAGCACUGUUAGGAGUUCAGUGCUGCAAUUGUUAUUGUUGUACGGUUAUAGUAAAGGUAAAGGGACCCCUGACCAUUAGGUCCAGUUGUGAUCGACUCUGGGGUUGCGGUGCUCAUCUGGCUUUAUUGGCCGAGGGAGCCGGCGUACAGCUUCUGGGUUAUGUGGCCAGCAUGACUAAGCCGCUUCUGGCGAACCAGAGCAGCACACAAAAACGCCGUUUACCUUCCCGCUGGAGUGGUACCUAUUUAUCUACUUGCACUUUGACGUGCUUUCGAACUGCUAGGUUGGCAGGAGCAGGGACCGAGCAACGGGAGCUCACCCCGUCGCGGGGAUGUGAACCGCCGACCUUCUGAUUGGCAAGUCCUAGGCUCUGUGGUUUAACCCACAGCGCCACAGCUAUGAUGCAGAGCACUGUGAGGAGUUCAGUGCUGCAAUUGUUGUUGUUGUACGGUUAUAUACCAACCUUUAUCUUCCAAGGAUCAAAAGGUGGUGCAAUUUCACCUUCACAAUGACCCUGUGAGGUAGGUUAGGCGAAGAGAUGGUGACUGGCUCAAGGUCACGCAGUGGGGAUUCGAACCCUGGUCUCCCAGGUCAUAGUCCAACACUCUUAACCAUUACGCCACAAUUCUCAGAGUUCCCUAUCAAGAGGGAUGGAUUGUGAAACCACCCUGGGAACUGUAGUUCUGUGAGGGGCAUGGGGUCUCCUAACAAUGCUCUUAACAAACUACAGCUCCAAGGAUUAUUGGGUGGGGAACCAUGCCUUUCUAAAGUGGUAUCGUGGAUGGUGUGAAUAUGGCCCAAAAGUGAUGCUUCUCAGCCUCUGGUUUGCCUACAGCGCCUGGCCCCACUGGUAGACUGCCCUGACUCUGGAGGUUCUAUCCAGCAGAUUGUGUUUUCCAUUCCUUUGCAUGCAUAACCAUGCGCUGCUCCUGCUUCUCUUCCCUCUCACCUUUGAUUGUAGUAACUGAAAGGUGUGCAGGGCGGAGGGGGAUGUUGAAGGGAAAAGGAAGCGUCCGUGGCAGACGUGUGACUCUUUCUUGGAUCAGACAGAUGAUCAGUGGAUUAAUAUUUGAAUCAGGGCCAACCCUGCCUGCACACGGGAGCCUCCAAUGACCUGAGAAAGCUCCCCUUGGCUGUCCCGCUUUGCACCACUGCAAAGCAUCUGCCGUGUGCUGCGUAGCUGUCUUUUGAGCAGAAAAUACUUUGGAAUUGGCCGUGCUUGCGGUUCUGUCCAGGUCUCUCAUUCUGUCACCAGGUCUCUCAUUUAUAACAUUACAGGAGCCAUGGAUUAGCCAGGCUAUAAUUUUCUGGUGGGGUUAGGAUUCAGUAGAGAAGCUUUGCACUUUCUCUCCUUUCCUUUCCCUCUCCCGGCAGUCUGAAAUGAAUGCCUUUGGAUAAAUUGCUGACUUUAUUCUUAGACGCAGCGUCCUUGUUUUUUUGCGGCUCCUCAAGUGGAAACUUGCAGCAAUGUCUGCUUGCUGCAAGGUGUGAGCCGCCCACUUUGCAAAGGCAGGGAAGCCUCCAAGUUCCAUGAAGGGGGGAGGACUCUCUUGUCCGUCUGAGGGGGAGCCUCUUGGGGCGGGUUGCCGCUUGCAUACUGAUGACUCCAACCCGACAGGCUCCCUUUGACUAGAAAAACACUGAAUAAUGGACUCCAAACUGGUGCUCUGGGGUGUGUGUGGCUUUUGUUCCCUGUUCUGUUUACUCUGCAACUGGAAAGUUAGAGAAGAUAGUGCUUUGUUUGCACCCUGUUUUUGGGCGGAAAGAGCCAAGUUGAUGGUCCAACAUCUCUCUUGGGUUGAGGCAAACGCGUUCUUCCUUUUCUCAGCUGUGGAUUUGAAGCCAGAUUUUAUUUAUUACAGUUAUAUUCCACCUUUCCCCUAAGGAGCUCAAGAUGGCAUACGUCGUCCUCCACCCUCCACAACCCUGUGAGGUAGGCUAGGCUGAGAGUGACUGGAUAACAUAGGCACCAACUACUGGGGGCCCAGGCACUCACAAUUUUUUUGGGGGGUGGGGUGCUCAGCACCCGCAGCGCAGACUCCGAUGCGACUUCCAGUUUCUAUCAAAAGUCAUGUUAGAGGCCCGACGCGACCACUGAGGAGACGUCGGAGGCCCUGCUAGGCUCCAUAAGGCCUCAGAGAUCACGUCGGAGGCCCUGACAGGCCUCAAAGCGCCGCUGUGGAGCGUCAAUGUAAUGUCAUGACGUCCCGUUAUGGCGCAGGUGCCAUUGGGCACCCAAAGCCUAAGGCCCAAGUUGCCGCCCCUGCUGGAUAGCUCAGUUGGUUAGAGUGUGGUGCAGGUAACGCCAAGGUUGCAGGUUCGAUUCCUGUUGGGAACAGCUGCAUAUUCCUGCUUUGUAGGGGUCCGCAAACUUUUUCAGCAGGGGGCCGGUCCACUGUCCCUCAGACCUUGUGGGGGGGCCAGACUAUAUGGGGGUGGGGACGAACAAAUUCCUUUGCCCCACAAAUAACCCAGAGAUGCAUUUUAAAUAAAAACGCACAUUCUACUCAUGUAAAAACACCAGGCAGGCCCCCCAAAUAACCCAGAGAUGCAUUUUAAAUAAAAGGGCACAUUCUACUCAUGUAAAAACUCGCUGAUUCCCGGACCGUCCGCAGGCCAGAUUUAGAAGGUAAUUGGACCGGAUCUGGCCCCUGGGCCUUAGUUUGCUUACCCAUGGACUAGAUAAUCCUCAGAGAGGGUCCCUUUCAACUCCACAAUCCUAUAAUUCUAUGAAUGGCCCAGGGUCAUCCAGUGUGCUUCAUGCCUGAGUGGGGAUUUGAACCCUGAUCUGCCAACUCUUCGUCCAACAGUCUAACCACUACACCUCACCGCCUCUCACCCUGGAUCCCAGUUGGAAAAAUACGCAGCUGGACUUAAAAUAUCUGUGGUUUUCCUUUGGGCAAAGUUUUCUGCUGCUGUAUCUCUGGAUCUGCAUAUAGACAUCAUCUCCCCUGCCAAAUCACCUCCUUCCUCAACUAGAGAGCCUUAGGGCCUCCCUGCAUUUGACUUUAUAAUGAGGUGAUUAGCAAUUAGAUUAUGUGUUUUUUAAAAGUAAACACCAGGUGCCUAGAGGCAGGAGGAGGAGGAGGAGCGGUUAUCAAGAAUUCUGGCACGGGGAAGGGAGUUUUAAGUCUUCCCUCCCAAUCUGUAAUCUCUGUGAAAUAGCUCCCCACCAACAAUUAGCAUUGGGGUUAAGCUUCCCAUUGGCGCCCAGGGAGUGCUUGCAAAAUUGCUACCUCCUGGUAUUUAAUAUAAGUCGUGUUUGCUAAUCUCAUCAUUAACAGGAUGAUGUUCGAUUCAGGUAGUCGGGCCUUAAGGGAGGUCAGGAUGGUCAAGAACCAGCAAUUUUCUCUCUGCACAACCAGGGUUGUCUGCAAGGGGAAGAAGCUGUUGACUCUACAGCACCACCACUGCAGCUGGUAGGAUGGUGUACUGCAGCUUGCAGAAAUUAAUAACAUUCCGCCUAGUGUUAUUUAACCCCUGACAUGCCUGGUCUCUCAGCUGUAGGCUGGCAUGCUCGCAGGCUCCUACUUGGAGCUUUACUGAACCACCCACCUUUCUUCCUCUGAGCCACAGCUGGGACACCUAGUCCUCAUAGUUCUUGGCAUCUGUCUGUCUGGAGUGACAAUGGAGUAUGCCUCCAGGGGUGAAGGCAAACCGCUGCAUCUGCAGUGCUGAGUUGACCUCCCCGGGGUGCUAGCCUGGGCAGUAUGUAUGGGGGUCCUGGGCUGCCUAGACGGCCUCGCUGGACUACAACUCCCAUGCAUUCACUGCCCAUGCUGCCUGGGGCUGAUGGGAUUUGUAGUCCUAAAUGUUUGGAAGGCAUCAGAGCGGGGAGUCUGGCCUGUGUUAGGCGAGAGAUGGGAAUGUCGGAGCAGCAUCCAGCCACUGCGAUGGUGGCAUUUUGUUUAUUAUAUCUUUGGCAAGAGGAAGGCAAAGGAUCUUGUGGCCAGCAUGCGACGGAGGGUGGGGGGGGCAGCGGCUGAAGAGGACAGAGAGAACACGAGAGACUGCUGGCCUUCCCCACUUAGCAGAUCACUGGGGCCUCUGUUCUCUCUUCACAAUGGACGCCUGCCACAAUCGAGGCUCUCCAGCCAAAGAGCCGGUCUGUCUCUCCUAGCCAAGACUUCGUAGGCAGAAACUCUGGUCCCAUCUAUACAUUUAUAGCCGUGUCAUACCACUUUAAGCAGCCAUGGCUCCCUGUCCCUCAUCCCCAAAGUAUCCUGGGAAAUGUAGUUUGUUGAGGGUGCUGAGAGUUGUUAAGAAACCUCUAUUCCCUUCACGGAGCUGCGAUUCCUAGAGUGGCUUAACAAUCAAUCGUUCCUCCCAGGGAACUCUGGGAAUUUUAUCUCUGGGAGGGCAAUAGGAGCCCCCUCACAACUCUCAGCGCCCUUGAUAAACUACAGCUCCCAGAAUUCUCUGGGGGAAAGCCAUGACUGUUUAAAGUGGUGUGGAUGUAUGGCGUGCUGAUGGGGCCAAACUUAAAGGAAAUGAAGGACAAUUGCUGGAACAGAUCAAGGAGACUAGCCCAGUCUCCUGCUUCUGAUAGUGGCUGUCUAGAUGCCUCUGGGAAGCAGCUCUUCCCUGUGCCCUUUAAUCUGAUAAUAGUUGAGAGCCAUCAAUAGACCUGCCCUCCACUCAUCUGAGGGGAAUAGGGGUCUCGCCUACCAACUCUCAGCGCCCUAAACAAAUCACAGCUCCCAGAAUUCUCUGGGGGAAGCCAUGAUUGUGUAAAGUUCUAUGAUACUGCUUUUAAGUGUAUAUACUGAAGCCUCUGUUAGCUUUUUCUUUUCAUCUCAGCAGGAUUCCUUACAUGUUGUUGACCCCCUAUACCAGUCCCAGGUUUCCUUUUUGUCAUUUAUGUUGACUGUUUUAGAGAGCAGAAUCAGUCCUCACGGCUGCUUUCAGAGUAGAAGCCUCUGCCCCGAGGAACUUACAAACUCUGUGUUGUAUCCAGGGUUGGUUCCUACCCCAGAGCAUUCCCGGCGAAAUGAAUGGAUGUGAUGGAGCGAUGCUCGUUAAUUUCAACAGCUUCAUUAAUUUCAGUCGGUCUGGCCUGAGCCAAACUUAGUUGGAGUCGACCUUAUAUGCAGUUCGAUGCAGAAGCAGAUGUGUGCUUGCUGCGGCAAACAGUUUCUCGGGGCCUGGUUGCAGCCUUGACUUAUUUCCAAGCAACUCGUUAAUUUGAACCUGAUUUGUUUGCACAGAGUUUGCAGGGAAGCUAUAUAAUGUCCGGUGUUCUGCAAGACUUUGUUCUGAUUUGUUUGAGGAGAGGUUUUAAGACUUUGUUCUGAUUUGUUUGAGGAGAGGUUUUACGAUCUUGUGUCAAGUGACUGUUUUUCCGCACUUUUCUGUAUAUUUCCCCCAUCACCUUGUUGGCAGUCUUUUGGGGGUGGGGUGUCACAUGUCAGUGGCGGGUGGGACCAUAAACAAAAGUGGGUGGAGCAAAAGAUGCUAAUUUACUUGCCUGCCCCGCCUCCUGCAUCCAAGCAAGCAAGAGGCAUUUUCUGAGUUUGAAGGACACAUUCUGCCCAUGCAAAAACACUCAAGGAGGGUGCAAAGCAGGACUGGUGGGGGUGGGAUCUGGAGAGAGUCCCUAGGGCCAGAUAGAGAGGUCUGGAGGGCUACAUUUGACGCCCUGGCCUGCGCUCCCCCCACUUUUCUGCUCCUUUGCAAGACCCCUGUAAAAUCAAGCACCUUUGUGGCUCAAGGUCUAAAGGUAAAGGGACCCCUGACCAUUAGGUCCAUUUGUGGCCGACUCUGGGGUUGCGGCGCUCAUCUCGCUUUAUUGGCCAAGGGAGCCGGCGUACAUCUUCUGGGUCAUGUGGCCAGCAUGACUAAGCUGCUUCUGGAGAACCAGAGCAGCGCACGGAAACGCCAUUUACCUUCCCGCCGAAGCGGUAUCUAUUUAUCUACUUGCACUUUGACGUGCUUUCAAACUGCUAGGUUGGCAGGAGCAGGGACCAAGCAAUGGGAGCUCACCCUGUCGUGGGGAUUCGAACCGCCAACCUUCUGAUCGGCAAGUCCUAGGCUCUGUGGUUUAACCCACAGCGCCACCUGCGUCCCGGCUCAAGCUCUAGGGUUGCCAUAUUUCAAAUCUGUUGAGCUUUUUUUGGCCAAAGUUGUUGAGCUAUUUUUAGGGAGAUUCUCCAAAUUUUCCCAGACAUCUCAGCGAUUUCCGCCCAGACACUGUUCCCAGCUGCUGUAUUCCAGCUAUGUUAAGGAAAUUCCAGGUGUAUGGCAACCCUAAAGGUGGCAAAUUUGCCCCUACAAAUCUAUGGCCAACACUCUGCUUUCCUUUGAAGUUUCAAAAAUAGCUUACAGCUCAUGUGCUGGGCAUUCACACCUGCAAGCUGUCGGCUUUUCUGAGCUGCCUCCAGCUAUGGUGCGGAGGCUGUGGGCUGAACUGAUGUGAGUCAGGAGUCACCAAUGCAGAUUUGUCUGUUCUAGACGGGCUUUGCUGAAAGAAGACAAGGAUGGAUUUGUAUUCAAUCCACUCUGUGGUCUUGGAAUGCGGAAGCUAAAAUAAAGGAUAUGCAAGAACAUUAGAAAAUCUGCUGUGUCAGUUGCCCUUCUAAUCCAGCUUGCUGUUCUUACAGUGAACGAGACUCCUGUGGGAAAUGAGCCAGCACUUUGCACAUGGCCAGAGAGACUCUUACCUUUGUGCAACAAAACAAAGCAAUAAAUAAAUUAAUUUAUUGAUUUCGACUGACUUUCAGAGCCCCCAGCCACUUAAACAACUGUGACCUCCCGACCCGCAUUACUGGAUUCCCAACUCAUAUCAGCAGAAGCCAGCUUGGCCACUGACUAAGGAGGAUGGCAGUCAGAGCCCAGCAGCAUCUAGGAACAUAAUAAGCUCAGUAUUGAGGACACUGACUGGCAGCAGCUCUCCAGGACUUAGUAUCAUAGUUGGAUGGGACCAGGAGGGUCGUCUAGUCCAACCCCCUGCAACACAGGAAAAUCUUUUGCCCCACGUGGGGCUCAAACCCACAACCCUGAGAGUAAGAGUCUCAUGAUUUACCAAUUGAGCUCCCCAGUAGCUACCCAGCCUGGUUCUCUCCCAGCUCUUACCUGGAGAUGCCGAUUGGGGAAUUGAACCUGGGACCUUCGACAUGCAAGGCAGAUGCUCUACCUCUGAGCCACAGCCCUAUAGAGGGCUAUUCAAAUCUCCCUAUUCAAGGGAAAGAAGGCAAUGCUUGUUCUGAUUGGCCAGCUGCUACCCAGAGCAGGUUUGCUGCUUUCUGUUGCAUUGCCUGACUUUACCUACCAGCUAGUAGAGAUAAGUAAGGGAGGCAGCGAGCAGGUGACCCCAAGAGAGGCCCAAUUUGUGGUUGUGGUGGUUGUUUUUCAUUAUCUGGAGAUCCUGAAUCGGCAUCUGGAUUACUCCCUGUGAUAAGAGCCUUUCAGGAAGGGGGGGGGGAGCUGAGAGACUGACCUCUCCUGACUCUAUAAUCUCAAAGCCCUUUUUAAUUUAAAACUCCUUCCUGGCCCGAUUCCUUGUUAAGUCCCCUGAUGGCAGGGAGGGAGACCUCUUCCUAGCGUGCCUGGUUGGGGGGGGGGCAGGCAGGGGGCGGGCAGAGCCGGUUGCCACAGCUGCUGCCUCUUCAAUGACGCUACUGUUGGGUGCCAGGGCAGAUUUGGCACUGGGUUUUGCAGUAGGAGGGCAAACGGCUGGCUUUUUACAGGCCAGGCAUCCCUUCCGUGGGCUGUGUGGUCUCAGAGAUGACACAGCCCCGUACAAAGGGCUAUUGACUCACUGGGCCAAGACGGUCCUGAAAGAAAUGAGUGCAAAUUCUGGGCUUGGAGACGUACACUGGGUUCCCUGUUAUAGCCAAUGCUCCCCAGGACAGGGAGAGGGUUUUUCCUUCUUGCCUCUCUCAUAAUCCUACAACUCGGGGCUAUCAGAUGAAGCUGAAUGUUGGAAGAUUUGGGGCAGAGAAAAAGAAGAAGAGCUCUGUUGGAUCAGGCCAGUGGCCCAUCUAGUCCAGCAUCCUGUUCUCGCACAGUACAUAUUUAUUUACUUCUUGCCCACCCUUCACCCUAAGGUGCCAAAGUGGGAUACAGCCAUGAAAACACAAUUUGAACCAUGGGAUAGCUCAUUCGAUAGAGCAUGAGACUCUUAAAUCUCGGGUUUGUGGGUUCGAGCCCCACGUUGGGCAAAUGACCCUCGUGGUCCCUUCCAACUCUAUGAUUCUAAGUCCUGGAGAGCUGCUGCCAGUCAGUGUACGCAAUACUGAGCUAGGUCUGACUUGGGUAUAACAUUAGCAAAACAACAACAGACCUAUGGUUAUGUGAAACACACUCAAUAAACACACAAGACAUAACCGGCUGUACUUUUAAGUAAAUAAGGUAUACUUCAUUGUAUCAAAUUGUAGAUUUCAGCGGAAGUUCAUGCAUAAGGUCCACGCAUGUAUAAAUGUCUAUUCCACCUGUCUGUUCAUAGAGUCUAGUAAUCCACAUGAAGGGUUGUUACAGUUCCACAGAAUCCUUUCACAGAGUCUAAGACAAGGAUUUCCAGAAUAUUAGCCUUGUUUCGCCAUCCUAAGCCUUAUGCAUGAACUGACUAGAGAAUGAACUAAUCCACAGGGUCUUCUGCUUUUUUUGUUGAACUUUAUGAAACUUCUUCUUAACCAAGGCUCAAGGCUUUCAUCUGAACUAGCCAGAUGUUUAACUGAGAAUCCAUCACAGUCAGUCCAUCAUUUGAAAAAUAAGACUUGAGAGCUGUUGUACCCCAAAAUGGCAACCAGACAUUCCUUUUUGGCAACUGCAAGCUUGUUUGAGCCAUUUGGACGCUCGGGUUGCGAACGUGAUCCGUGCGGGGUGCACAUUCGCAACCAGCAGUGUUCGCAACCCACAGUGAGAUGUCUCUGCAUGCGUGGGUUGUGAUUUGACGCUUCUGCGCAUGUUCAAAGUGCAAUUUAUCGCUUCUGCACAUGCGCAACCGCCGAAACCCGGAAGUAACCCGUUCCGGUACUUCCGGGUUUCGGCUGGUGCGUAACCCGAGAUAUGACUGUAGAUCUGAGCUUCUAACACUGCUUCUUAUGCGUUUAAGAAAAGCACAGGUCCAGAUAUUGGCUCUCUCCUUCCCUCCAUUUUCUGCCCAGGGAGAGAUGGGUGCUUGUAUGUUAGUAGGUUGGUUGACGUACCCAGCCCCCCAUCUCUCCUCGGAGGUCCCAGGGAGCAUUUUUUUCUGCUUCGUAAUGUCCAGGCUCCAUGCCCAGCCCUCGGCUUUUAUGGACAUUGUCCGAGAUGAGGAGGAGGAGGAGGCAGUUGAGAACAGACUCUCUCCUGCUUUCCUUUCUCUUUUGAAGCCACCAGCCCCGAGUCAAGAAGCCUCAGUGGAAAUAAAAUGCCAACAAUCUUGGACUGUCCAGCUUUUCGCAGAUGAAAAUAAACUCGCUGCAAGGGUAACUUGGCCCGCACAUAAACAAACAUGCCCGCACCGUAUGUGCCUGCGUUGUUACUCUAACUACAGCUAGAAAUAGAUACAGUUGGGGGGGGGGGGAAUGAAUGAACUGGCUGCAUUAUCAUAGUUUUGUUUCAACAUCAUCUUGUCCCGUUUCUGCUCUCCCAGUCAGAACAAACGCUGCAUGCUCAAACCACCCACCUCCUGUGAUCUCCGCUGUGGUUUUGACUCUGUUCCACUAUUUCCUCUGUAAUUGCUGUUGGUUUCUAAGAGCAGAAUAAUUGUAUUAUUAGUGUAAACAGAGGCCCAUCUAUUCCGCCUUCUUCCCAUUUCCUAUAGAGACCAGGAAUCAGGUGGCUGCAAGCAAUCUUCCUUCCCAUCAAGAUAUCUGAUAUGUAGAGGUAUAUACUGCAGCUGCAUAUAGAGGUUCCUCUUAGCAGUUUAGGCCAUUUAUUUAGGAGGUUUCUUACUCGCCCAUAAGGUCCUAAGGUGGGUUAUGGUAAUAGAAUAUACAGUUAUAAAAAGGAGACAAAGCCAUUACAGGGAUACAACUGCUAGCAAAGCCGCUUCAUUGAUGAUACAGGUGGAGUCCAAAGUAGAAAGAAACCCUUAUACACACUUUCCUGAAGAAAACUGAACAAAGCAGCUUAUAAUUUGAUGAGAAGUUUUGUAUUUUCUCUCAGGCCUUCACACAGAAGGAGGUUUUUCAAGCAAGCAUACAGAGGGGAAACUCCCUCACAACUGCAUAGCCAAUCAGAGCAUGCACCACCUCAGCAGGCAUCAUGCCGCCCUGCCUGGUUGCUAAGCAACGCUUCCACUUGGCCCCCUCUUGGCUGGCUGACCUUCACACUAACUCUGUUAGUCCUUAGGGUUGCACACAGAAUGAUCCCCGCGAUUGCUCUUCCAAGAAAGAUGAGUAAAACAGUUCCAAAUGGAACAGAACAGUAUAAAGCUUUAUAAACAGUACAAAAAGGCACAAAGCAAAACAAAAAUACUUUAAUUGUCAGAAAGUCUGGAUCAAGAGGCUAAAAACCCCCUACAACGAAGAUGCUCUGUGGGGAGGGAGUUCCUCACUUUUGGGGCUGCCACAGAGAAAACCCUAAAUCAUAGCAUCAUAGAGUUGGAAGGGACAACAAGGGUCAUCGAAUCCAACCCUCUGCAAUGCAGGAAUCUUUUUGCCCAAGGCGAUCCUCGAACCCAGAACCCUGAGAUGAAGAGUCUCAUGCAUUACCGAGUGAGCUACAAAUGAUUCACUACAUUGACUAGAACUCACAGUGCUAUACAGUGGUACCUCGGGUUACAGAUGUUUCAGGUUACAGACUCCGCUAACCCAGAAAUAUUACCUCGGGUUAACAACUUUACUUCAGGGUGAGAACAGAAAUCGUGCAGCGGCAGCGGGAGGCCCCAUUAGCUAAAGUGGUGCUUCAGGUUAGGAACAGUUUCAGGUUAAGAACAGACCUCCAGAACUGAGGUACCAUUGUAUAUAUAAAUGACAGUAUUGACAUAGGGAAGAAGAGGUUUGAACCUCGCUGGGUCUCUGAAGGUGGCUGAAUCGGCAGUAAGGCUGGUGAACUCUCCUGUAUCUGGAUUACUUAGAUUUGUGCAUUGGGUGUGUGUAUGUUUAAUUAUGUUGUUAGAGAGAGAGAGAGAGAACCCUGGGUUCUUGAAUGGCUGCUGCGUAAUGUGCGAUGAGCUAAUCUUUGCCCCAGAUCUCUUGAGGUUUCCCAAAUAUAGUCACCUCUUGGCAUCUGCCCGAGAAAAGCAGAACAGGGAAGUCAUGGGUGGGCGGCUGGACGGCUGUGUUUUAUGGGCAGCUGAUUACAUUACGCCAGGGCAUGACUAGACAGGCGUACAAAGAUGCUAAUCUAUUUGCAGGGUGUGUCAGGCGACAGGCAGAGGAAUCUGAUCAGGGCUGAGCCUCCUCUGUUUUCUUGAAAAGCCCAUUAACAUUUUGCAUCCAGGUAACCCAUAUUGAUUCUUACCCAUCUCUACACAUUGCUGUUACUUUGUUUUUGUUUGUUCAAGGCACUUAAUAUCUCAGAAGCCAGGGAGGUGGGUGGAAUAAAAUCCCUAUUCCUUCCUCCCUUCUCCCUCGGAUGACCGAAACCGGAAUCAUAUAAGCAAAAGGGGAAACGUUGCAGAAUGAGUGGUGCAAAUGAGAACAUUUUAUUUAUUCAGUUUUCCAUGCAUUUAUUAAAUGUGCACAAAUGAUGUGUUUGCUAAGAGAGAGGGAGCACUGGAAACGGCAUUUGGGCAAGCUCCGCAAAAUGAAAAGGAAUAGCUUGCAAGGCAGGCUCCUGUGCUGAUCCCAGAUGUAUGAUGGGUGCAAGCAGGACUUUCAGAGUCUUCUGAGACCCAGUGGAAAGGCAAGACUGCUUGCUCCCUACCUAGAUGCAUAGCUGUCAAGCGUCCCUUAUUUGGCGGGACAGUCCCUUAUCCCAGCGCCAUGUCCCGCUGCUGUCCCUUAUUGAUGAUCUCCCUUAAAUAAGCUACUGAAGGUAAUGGGGCCCUUUCUAUGUCUAGCUGUCCUUUGUCAACAACAAAUUGUGGCUGUUUUUUUGUGUUGAAUAUAUGCUAUAUGGUAAUUUAUGGACCUAAUAGGUAUCUAAAGCCAUUUGCAUGCAACAAAAUAUGCAUUUUAUCAAAGUAAUUGUUGAUCCCUUAUUUUGGCUGCUGAUCCCUUAUUUUUGAGGCUGCUGGUCCCUUAUUUUCAGAUGUGUAAGUUGACAGCUAUGCCUAGAUGUCUCUGGGGUGGGGAUUCCUGGGUGGCCAGGCCUAAUUCAUCCGCAUCUGCGUCUUAAACCCAAGAGUUGCCGCCGGCAACUUCCUGGCUCUGCACAGCAGAGUGUAGAGUCUUGCUUUGCCUCUUCCAACCUCCCUGUUUUCCCGGCAAAUCUGGAAACAUUUGCGGCUGGGAAGGUUUAGGGUGCAGAAUUCGGCCUGGGUGGUGGGGGCGAACGAUCUGCUCUCCGUCUUAAGUGUUCCCAGCUCUUCCUCGCUUCCACUCCAGAUGGGAGAGAGGUCGAGACCAGAAGCGCCUGUUUGCAGCUAACUAAAAAUACCAGUUUUGCUUCUCUUCCAUCCCCGACCCCCACGACUGUCUCCAGCUUUGGGCUGGCACGGUGCCAACAGCUGUUGAGAUCUGGUUGCUGUGGCGAUGGCCGUCCACAUGUGUUCUGGAAGGCCGGCCGGCUGUGCCACAUGUGCAAAAGAUCUCUUGAGCCGGUUGCAAAAUAAUUGCGGCCGGCUUGCUGCCUCAUCUCCAGCCCCUUUGGCAGAUUAGACCCCGGAGCGUGACGAGGGAUUUUGGACGUUAAUUUCUCCUGUGCUGCUGAAGAUGUUUCUGUCAAUGGGGCUAUAUAAAUAGUAACACCCCCCACACACCCCACCCGUGCUCCAAUUCUCAGCAUCUGCUGGUCUCCCAAAAACAUUUCAUAACGGCUGCAGGAGGAAUUAAUGUGUCCUCAUCUGCUUGGAAGCAACACGGAGUGGCAUGCACAUUCAGAAAUAUAUUUUUUUUGGGGGGGGGGGUGACUCUCUGGCUUGGCAGGGGGGGGUGGAUGGGAAAUGGUGUCCAUCUAGAAGGGCUGCAGCUCAAAGCUGGCGUAGUGCGGCAGACUUUUUUGGAUGUGGGAUGCUGGGCUGGAAUCCUUGCCUCCGCCACAAAACCUGCGACGUGGCUUUGGGCGAGUUACCCAUCUCUCAAAAUAAAACAUUUGCAGCAGGCGUCAAGAGAGGGAUAUGAGACCUGUGUGUGCACGAACUUUUAAAAAAAAGAAAUACGCAUUCAGGCCAUGCAGUCUUGCAAAUCCAGGGACAUUCUGCUCUCCCUCUGCAUGAUUUAUGGAUUUAUGCACAUUAAACACAUUUACACAAAGUUAAUAAAAGGAAACGAAUAAAUGUUCUCAUUUGCACAAGUUAUUCUACGGCGUUUACCAUUUGGCUCAAUGGAUUCUGGUUUCGGUCAUUAGAGGGAGAAGGGAGGCGUUCCCUCUGCCUCACCACCUCCCUGGCUUCUGAGUUUUCGGCAGGCAUUGCCCAGAGCAGGCUUAAGACUAGAAACUUGAUUUUAAAGAGAGACAGAUGGGAAGCUGAUGUCAGCUCGGGCGUUGCAUUUUGGAUAACCCAACAUGGCAGGCGGUCACCAUAGACCGGAGCACAGUUUGAUCUGCAUUCAAAGGGCACUCACAACUCAAACACCCCAGAGUGUCUGUCAGUGCUGUGUGCAUGUGUGUGUGAGGUGAGGAAUGAGUCCAGAGGCCCUUGGUACUUGUGUCGAACCCAAGCAAAGUUAUCCUGCUAUAUACAGUGGUACCUCGGGUUACAUACGCUUCAGGUUACAGACUCCGCUAACCCAGAAAUAGUACCUCGGGUUAAAAACUUUGCUUCAGGAUGAGAAGAGAAAUUGUGCAGCAGCGGCAGCAGGAGGCUCCAUUAGUUAAAGUGGUGCUUCAGGUUAAGAACAGUUUCAUGUUAAGAACGGACCUCUGGAAUGAAUUAAGUACUUAACCCAAGGUACCACUGUAUUUACAUUUUACAAGCUGCUGUGGGAGAGUUUUGCUCUGCAAGGUGGCAUCUGAAGGGCUUUUGAAUAAAACAGGCAAGCAAGCCUCAUUGGGACUGUCCCGCUUCAGAACACCUGGAGUGGGGAGGCCCCGUGUCGGAAUUGUGAAAAGCCUGACACCGCUUCCCUGCCUGUAGAAAUCUAGCAUGUGGCGAGGAGCAGUUCUAAACCCAGCGCCACCUCUCUGCUUGUAGAAAGCUAGCAUAUGAUGGGCGGCAGUUCCACCCUGGCCCCCUCUUCCCUGAGAAUUGUGGCGAGGCACUUCUGCUGGAGAACGAGCGGCCAGGAAGACUCGGCUAAUCCAUCAAGGGCAGCUUUUGGAAAUGGACUCCCUGGAGCUAUUACAGCUUGUCCAUUUUCUGCCCUCGCCUCCCCGUUGGCUUCAUUCCCUGCGUUGUGCUGCUGAUGCUUUUUGUAGUUACUUUGGCUGGACCAAAACCUCUUCUCUCUGCACAAGAGGUUAGUUUCUUCCCCAGCCAGCUGCUUCAUCUCAGCUCCUUGCAUCUCUUUCCUGGCUUCUCUUAGAAAAGCGAGAGGCAGGCUAAACCAGCCUUUCUCAACCUGGUGCCCUCCAGAUCUUUUAAGCAAGGGGUGGGCCAAGAUUUUCAGCUGGCUGUCUGCCAACUUCCUGGCCCUCCCCAAAGUCAAAAAGGAGUAGUCUUCUACAUUGGCUCCCAGUAUGUUUCCAAGCACAAUUCAAAGUGUUGGUGCUGACCUAUAAAGCCCUAAACAGCCGCGGCCCAGUAUACCUGAAGGAGCGUCUCCACCCCAUCGCUCAGCCCAGACACUGAGGUCCAGCUCCGAGGGCCUUCUGGCUGUUCUGUCACUGCAAGAAGUGAGGUUAUGGGGAGGUUACGUAGGCCUUAGGUUGCUGACCCCUGGACUAGACCAUGUGAAAAUGAACAUAGUAUUUUAGCUGCAGUUCUUUCAUUUUCAGCUCUGUAUUCUUGCUUUUGAAAGAAAUCGCGCCUAGACAUUCCAUUGUGGUGCCCAUAAUCUAGGUUUAAGCUGCCAUUUAGCGCCUAACUUGUCCUAGAUGCCCCUCAAGGGGUCCCUCCCAGUGCUACAAUUCUAUGAUGGUAUGAUCUCAACUGUAUUGCUUGUUCCAGAAGGCAAGAAGGAGAAACACACACGGUGGAAAUGGAAAAGGUGUUCAUUAUGGAGUAAGGCAGAGGUUUUUCCACUGGAGUCGCCAACCUUUGGUGCCCAAAAAUCUCCACGCAGUCGCCAUUGGACCUGCACCUGUAGCAAAACAAGCCUGGGGAAUUUUGAACACUGCCCAGGUGUUGUUGGACUACAACUCCCAUCAUCCCUGGCGAGCUUCGCCAAUGCACAGGGAUUGUGGCAUUCGAAGUCCGACGACACCCGGGGUUGAAGACUUGACUGUCAGCGGCUCUCCAGAGUUUCCUUCCCAGCCCUACCUGCGGACGCCAGGGUUUUGAACCUGGGACCUUAGCAAGCAGAGCAGCAGCUCUGCCAAUGAGCUACAGAUUUCCCUUUAACACCUAGGAGAGCAGGAAGCUGACUCAUACCAAGAAAUGCCAUAAGUCUUAUCGAACUCAACCUUGUCUGCAAAACCAGAGGCAGGGAAUCUUCUUAGGCCCAGAGUCUCAGAUCUUUAUCUGUGGGCCUACCCACCUGCCAUUUGCCUGAUGAUGUGAGUCACCGCAGUGGCCCAUCUAGCUCAGUGUUGUCAACACUGACUGGCAGCAGCUCUCCAGGGUUUCAGGCAGGGUCUAUCUCUCUCUCUCCCCCCAGCCCUGCCUGGAGAUGCCAAGGAUUGAACCUAGGAACGUAUGUGUGCAAACUACUGAGUUUUGGCACUUCCUUAACACACAAGAGUGCUGGAAACUAACUCAUACUAUUCCCAGCUCAGUAUUCCCUUCACUGACUGGCAGCAGCUUUCCAGAGUUUCAGAUAUGAGAUGUUUUCCAAUCCUGUUUUGAGAUGCUGAGGAUUGUAGCUGAGCUAUUUUCAUGCAAAGCAGACAGUCUACCGCUGAUCUAUGACCUUGCGCUAUACAGAGCCAGGCUACUGGUCCAUCUUGCUCAGCUUUCUCUACACUGGCGGGCAGUGGCUUCCUAGGGGUUCAGGAGGAGUCUUGUCCCAGCCUUACCUGCUGGGGACUGAACCAGGGAUCUUCUGCAUGCAAAGCAGGUGCUCUGUUGUCUAGCUGUGGCUCUUCAGCUUAAACGGCUCUGCUCUCAAAUAAAACUGCUAACAGAUGUUGUGUCAGAGGUCUCUGUCCUUGCUUUCAGGAGCCCAACCAAAUGUGGAAAAGUUGCAGUCAUUUUGGCUGUUUUUUCCUACGUGCAGGAAAAAUCCACUUUUCCGCUCCCACCCCACCCCCCACCCCUUUCAGCAAGAGAGCUAUUCUAUACAGGCUUGUAAAAUUCCACGCAUUAAAUUUUGUUCCAUCGAGGGAAAAUAAAAACUCAUACUCUUCCCCGUCCGCCGCCUUUUAAAAAGCCAUUUAUUUACCUCUUUUCAGAAUCAUUAACUCACUUUUCCCAGGGAUCACAGUGGCUCAGAAAACCAGAAAACCAGAUUAUUCAUUGCUGAAGGUGGAUAAUCCCUGGAAGAUAAGACUAGGAUAAAAUACUGUGAAUGGUCAUUGUGGCAGCUUUGAAGCUGGUCAGUCUAACACUGUCCGAGAUAAAUACGCACUGCAUUCAGCGUUAGCUCAGUGUAGACCCAUCACAACUAAUAGGCAUGACUAAGUUAGACCCAUUGAUUUCAAUGAAUCUACUCUGAAAGCAACCCUUCAGGCUUCUGUCUGGCACAAAGUUUUUGCCUAGCUGGAAUGUGCCCAAGGAGUCUUGCUUUUCUGGAUACAGAGGGGUGCGUAGGAACAUAGCCUCUUUGCACAGAGGUCAAAUAAAUAUCCAUUGCUCCGCCCACUUUUGCCUCUUGGCAUGUGGCCCCCAGAAGCUUUCUCAGAAGGCAGUGUGGCCCUCGGGCAGAAAAUAGCUCUCCCCCCUUGAUUAAGGGGGAGUGUCUUGCUGCCCCUAGAAAGGAGGGGAAGGGGCAUCCCUCAGCCUCGGGGCCACUCUAGUAAGAGACCUGAUCCGUUGGAACAGGAGAGCUAUCUUGUACCAAAUCAGAUCAUCGGUCCAUCUAGCUCAGUAUUGUCAACACUGACCGGCAGCAGCUCUUUCCUAGGCCUACCUGGAGUGCUGGUGGGAGUUGCAGGUCAACAUAUCUGGAAGGCACAGGUUGGAAGAAGGCUGUGCCUGGGUUUACUGCAUUUGCCUUGCUGUUUUUGAUAUGUCUCCCUGAGCCGGGAGGGCAUAAAUCACUGCAUCUGGGAGCAGCUUUUGGCUCAGGGCAUCACCUCCUGCAUCACCUCCUCUGGCUACAGACAGGGUGGGCCCCUUCCUUGUUUUGAACUGGUUGCCAAGGCGGGAGGCCCAAACAUCCACCAACUUUCAGUCUGUGGCUAGAUGCGCUUUCAUCGACAGUCUGCAAGCAUUGGGGGGGGGGGGGAGUUAUUCUCCCUGGUUCCUUCAGGGCCAUAGAUGUGCUGGCUAGGGGCUGGUUUAUUAGGGUCCCCAAGGGCCACCUUAUCCAACCCCCCAGCAAUGCAGGAAUUGCAACUGGAAAAGGAGACUGCCCCCGUUUGACCCUCACUGCAGUCGGGCGAGGUAGGCUUCGCACAGGGACUUGAAUCAACUUUAUUUUGUUGUGGGCUGCAAAGGAGCAGCGUGUUGGAUUGUUUGUGAUGGGUUGGUUGCUAAUCAAUUACGUUUCUUUUUUUCCUCCAUCCCCUCUUCCCCCUUCCCUCUUAGGUAAGAGAGAUCUUGGGCCAUUGUACCUGCCCAUCCCAGUUCCCCAUGGUCAAAGUCUCAGAGGGUAAAUAUAAAGUGGGAGACUCCAACGCCCUGAUCUUUGUUCGAGUAAGAUCUUCUACAAAUACAUCUCUUUCCCUCCCCUCCUAGCUUUCCUGUCCCCUCCCUCCCCCCAAAAAAGAAUAAUCUGUCUUCCGGGCUCUAAACCAGUGGUUCCCAAACUGGGGUGUACCACCACCUAGAGGGCUGUGGGAUUACCUAUCAUGGUGCUAAGAGGCAAGGGGGCAGCAGAUGUGGAAGGGGGAGGGGUCUGGAGGUGUAAAUGACUCUCAGACUUUGAAAAGCCCUGGAUCAAGCCUGUCAAAUUUGUUAAAUUAAUUAAACCACAUAGUUUUAAUUGGAUUUUGAAGAAAACGUGCAAUUAAUUGUUACUGUUUCAAAUUUUAUUGUGGUAUUCCUUAGUGGGAUGUACAAACCACUAUCCUGAAUAAUGCUUUUUGUAGGGUAAGGAGCACCGGGGAUGAGUUUAUGGAACCAAAGGGGGGGCCUCCCCCCCCCCACAAAAAAAACAACGGUUUGGGGACCACUGCUCUAGACUCCAUGAGAUCAGAUUAUUAUUACUGUUAUCAUUGAUUGCAUCUAUCGGUAGCUUUAUGCAAAGCGUCAAAGUACAAUGAGGAAAAUUUAAUACAGUGAGCAAGGCAAAACCCCUUAGAUGCUCAUCCAGUGAUGUAUAAGGGCAGAGUGUUACCUGCCUUGUUACGAAACAAGCACCCUCCUAGGGGGCAACUAAAUCAUAGAAUUGGAAGCUUCUCUGACGGUCAUCUGGUCCAGCCCCCUGCAGAGCGGGAAUUUCAGCUAAAGCAUCCAUGACAGUUGGCCACCCAACCUCUGCCUGAGGAAUGCAAAAGACCUGAUUGAAGGAAACGGUCUUAGCUUGGGACCUCAAGCCUGGCAAGGAUGGCUCCAGGCCCACCUCCCUGGAAAACACCCCUGAACAGACCUGUCCUCAUGUCUCCCUCCCUACCCUGUUCCAGCAGCUCACUUUGGGUCGGGUACAAGGACUUCUGAUGGACACCACAGGGUCUGGGCUGUUUUAUAUUGGAGAGCCGGUCCUUGACGUUCUUUUAGUAAUUUAAGGGCAAUAAUCUAAAACAGUGUUUCCCAAUUAGGGGUCUGCAGAAUGCACCCAGAGAGCCCCACCCCUUGCCUCCCCACCCCCAAACUAUUUUUUUUGCAAUUUUAUGGCAAUAUCACAAAAUUUAUGGUCUGUUUUAGCACACCCUGAUUUUUCAAUACAUUGGCCAAAAUCAGUUUUGAAAUCACACCGCCAUAACGUUUUUGACCUGGCAAUUCGCAGCAAUAUAAGCAGGGAAGCCAAUUUCAAGACACUGCCGAUGACGCUGCCAAUCUGAGCUGCCUUCCCUGAUGCUGAGGGGAAACAGGGCAGCUGAUCGCCCUCACUUCAAGGCACCGUGGCACUGCUUUCCCCUGGCACUGAGGCAGAAGCUUUUCUCAGUCAGCAGGAAAGCAGCAGCGGCCACAGUGGGCAUGCAUCUUUGCUGGUUGCCAGCACUGGCUGCCCCACUGACGGUGUCUUGAUGGCACCCCACAUCCCAUCCCACUCAAACCAUUCGGUGAAGAUGACUCCGCUUCCUCUCCUCCCUCUAUCCCCCGGAUCUCUACAGCUGCCCCAUCCCUCAUCCCCACGCCUGAUCUCCAAUUCCAGACAUUGUGAUAUAUCUGAAUAUCAUGAUGUUUAGCUGCUGAUAUAUGGGACGCGGGUGGCGCUGUGGGUUAAACCACAGAGCCCAGGACUUGCCGAUCAGAAGGUCGGCGGUUCGAAUCCCUGCGACGGGGUGAGCUCCCGUUGCUUGGUCCCUGUUCCUGCCAACCUAGCAGUUCGAAAGCACGUCAAAGUGCAAGUAGAUAAAUAGGUACCGCUCCAGUGGGAAGGUAAAUGGCGUUUCCGUGCGCUGCUCUGGUUCGCCAGAAGUGGCUUAGUCAUGCUGGCCACAUGACCCGGAAGCUGUACGCCGGCUCCCUCGGCCAAUAAAGUGAGAUGAGUGCCACUACCCCAGAGUCGGCCACGACUGGAUCUAAUGGUCAGGGGUCCCUUUACCUUUACCUUUAUAUAUCACGAUGUUGAAAACCAGAUAUCGCUCAGCCUUGGUCUGUUUUUUAGUACAGUCGUACCUUGGAUCCCAAAUGCCUUGGUACUCAUCCGUUUUGGCUCCCGAACGUCGCAAACCCGAAAGUGAGUGUUCUGGUUUGCGAACAUUCUUUGGAAGCCGAACAUACAACGCAGCUUCCGAUUGGCUGUAGGAGGUUCCUGCAGCCAAUCAGAAGCCACGCCUUGGUUGUCAAACGUUUUCAGAAGUCGAAUGGACUCCCGGAAUGGAUUCCGUUCGACAACCAAAGUACGACUGUAUAUCUAAAAUCCUUUGCUUAUUAGGGGCUUCCCCCACAUUUUGUUCAAAAAAUUUGCUUUGCAGAGGUAUCAAAAUUUGCAAAAGUAGGGGGGUCCAUGCCUUGGCUUUUGAAAAACAGGCGGUCCUCAGUAAUUAGCUAAUUGGGAACCACUGAUCUAAAAGGCAAUUACACCUGUUGCACCCCACCCAGCAAUCUCCUCUCUUGCCUUUCCAUGUGAGGACGCACCCUAUUGAUCCCACCGGCAAAACCUGCUCACCUGAUGUGGGUUUUUUUGGGUUGCCCACAUAGGUGCUGAGGAACCACGUGAUGGUGCGGGUCGGCGGGGGCUGGGACACCCUGGAACACUACCUGGACAAGCACGAUCCAUGCCGCUGCGCCUCUUUCUGUGAGUAUGGAGGACUCCGGGGACUUGUACUGACCUUUUCCAAGCAAUGUGCACAAAAGUCUGAUCUGGGACGCUUUAACGACAUCUCUGCACAGGACCAAAGAGUGGUGCCCUGUGUGUGUGUAUUGGCAUGAGUUGGUAUUACAAAGAUCCUCAGCAUCUCUAGAUGUCAGGCGGCAGAGGAACCAGCCCCCAUGGCAGGUUGCCAGGAACAGAUAAGACAAGGAAAAGAACUGUGGGACCUGUUGUUUGCCCCCACAGAGCUGCAGUUCCCAGCGCGCUUAACAAGCCAUACUUCCCAGGAUUCUUGAAAGCUGCGUGCUUUCAAUAUGUGUGUGUUUGUGUGUGUACAUCAUGAAACACCCAGCAGGGCUUUCCAAGGGAGUGAUGCUUCUGAAUACAGUGGUACCUUGGUUCUCAAACUUAAUCCUUCCAGAAAUAAGUUCCAAAACCAAAGCGUUCCAAAACCAAGGUGCACCUUCCCAUAGAAAGUAAUGCAAAACGGAUUAAUCUGUUCCAGACUUUCAAAAACAACCCCUAAAACAGCAAUUUAACUUGAAUUUUACUAUCUAGCGAGACCAUUGAUCCAUAAAAUGAAAGCAAUAAUCAAUGUACCGCACUAUAAAAUAAAUAAGACGGUAUUGUAGAUGAUAAAAAUUAACAUUUUUUCCUUACCUGCACUGAUGAUAGUCAUUGUUUGGAUGGGGGGCUUUUAUCCAUUUCUGCAGUCACACAAUCAAUCAAUCAAUAGCUGAACUGGGUUCCACACAGUCACAAAAACAAAAACUGAAAAAGCCUCAAAAACAAAAGCACAAAAUAAAUAGCAAGAACAAAAGCACCAAACUUAAACUGUUCUGGCAGUCUGUUUAACUUCUGAAAUGUUCGAAAACCAAGGUGCGGCUUCUGAUUGGUGCAGGUGCCCCAGAAACAAUAGCUAACAACUGCAUCGAACAUUUGGCUUCCAAAAAACAUUUGAAAACCGGAACACUUCCGGGUUUUUGCUGUUUGAGAACCAAGGCGUUUGAGAACCAAGGUACCACUGUAACCAGGCCUUGGAAACCACGGAGGAAGGACAGAGUGCUUUUGUGCCCAGAUCCUGCUCUGGGCUUCUGAUUGGCCAUUGUGAGGAGAGGGUGACAGGCUGAAUAGGCCAUGGGCCUGAUCCGGCAGAAAGGCUCUUCUGAUAUUCGUACAGAACUUCCAGGUGCAGAGGCAGUCUAACUUGGUUCUUUGGGGCCUUUGGCCGCUGUGAGGAAAGGAUGGCGGACUGGAUCGAUCAGCAGCCUCAUCCUGCAGACUGCUUUUUUAUGCCAUCUUGGGGAAAGUGUUUGCACAUAAAGAUAAGCCCAGAUUUCUGGCUCUUUCCCACACUGGGAACCUGCCUUGGCACGAUCCUUGGAGGAGCUGCCAUUGUUUACAAAGGCCAUCCCUUGCUCUCCUGCAAGUCCUGCUGUGAGCCUUCUGUUUUCCUUCCCAGGAAACUGACCCCAUAGCAGCUGACUCUGAGUCUUCCUGUUGUUCAGGGAAGCGGAGAGCAUGAAACCAUAUUAACCCUAAAACGGCUACAUAAUCAAGUCUGGGAACUUUCGACUUCUGAAGGCAGGGGUUUGCUGCAUUCCCGCAGUGCCCCCUUGUGGCUCGUGGCCAUCAUAGCUUCCUUCCACACGGGUUCAUUGCGCUUUGCACAAAACAGUGACCUGGAGUUACCCUGCUUGCUAGUUUUUUUCUCUGCCUCCUGAUUGGCUUGGAUGCUGAGCCUUGCAAUCCUAUGGGCUAGAAACAUGACUUAAAAAAAUAAAAUAAAAAACAGACAUUCCACAAUGUUCAGCUGAAAGUACAUCAGUCCAACUGUAAACGGACCCCUGACCAUUAGGUCCAGUUGUGGCCGAAUCGGGUUGCGGCGCUCAUCUUGCUUUAUUGGCCAAGGGAGCCGGCGUACAGCUUCUGGGUCAUGUGGCCAGCAUGACUAAGCCGCUUCUGGCGAACAAGAGCAGCGCACGGAAACGCCGUUUUACCUUCCCGCCAGAGUGGUACCUAUUUAUCUACUUGCACUUUGACGUGAUUUUGAACUGUUAGGUGGGCAGGAGCAGGGACCAAGCAACGGGAGCUCACCCCAUUGCAGGGAUUCAAACCGCCGACCUUCUGAUCAGCAAGUCCUAGGCUCUGUGGUUUAACCCACAGCGCCACCCAUGUCCCUCAGUGCAACUAUAUAUUGGGAUAAAUGCCUAGUGCAAGGACAGCUUGUUAUCUCCCCAGUAGCGUUGGUGCAAAAGCUUGUGUUGCAGAUGAGACAACGGAAUGGAGCAAUGAGGGGUUGGGCUAGGGAGAGUCUGGUGAGACAGCCUUGUAGAUCAAUUGGCAAAAGCUGUUAGUCCACAAGGACUAACUGACAUUCACCGUUCGUGAGCUUUGAGAAGCAAAAGACAUGAGUUCGCUCUCCAGGUAGCCGGGUAAUAUCAGAGAACUGUAGAGUUGCAAGGGACCUCAAGUUUCAUCUAGUCCAACCCCCUACAAUGCAGGAAUCACAGCUAAAGAAUCACUAGCAGAGAUUUGUAUUAAAUUUGUUUUAAUGUGGCUGAUUUGGUAAAAAUAUAUAUGGGGGAAAAGUCAACAACAAUGAUUUAAGAAUCCCUGACAGAUCCUUGCUUGCAACCACAGAGCAGGGAAACCUAACUUAGGAGACACAGCCAGAAAUAAGCUUUGCCCCCCCCCAUUAACAAUAAUAAUAAUAAUAAUAAUUUAUUAUUUGUACCCCGCCCAUCUGGCUGGGUUUCCCCAGCCACUCUGGGCGGCUUCCACAGAAACCAAAAAUACACUAAAAUAUCACACAUUAAAAACUUCCCUGAACAGGGCUGCCUUAAGAUGUCUUCUGAAUGUCAGGUAGUUGUUUAUUGCUUUGACAUCUGAUGGGAGGGCGUUCCACAGGGUGCCACUACCGAGAAGGCCCUCUGCCUGGUUCCCUGUAGCUUUGCUUCUCGCAAUGAGGGAACCGCCAGAAGGCCCUCGGCGCUGGACCUCAGCGUCCGGGCAGAACGAUGGGGGUGGAGACGCUCCUUCAGGUAUACUGGGCCGAGGCUUUAAAGGUCAACACCAGCACUUUGAAUUGUGCUCGGAAACGUCCUGGGAGCCAAUGUAGGUCUUUCAAGACCGGUGUUAUGUGGUCUCGGCGGCUGCCCCCAGUCACAAGUCUAGCUGCCGCAUUCUGGAUUAGUUGUAGUUUCCGGGUCAUCUUCAAAGGUAGCCCCACGUAGAGCGCAUUGCAGUAGUCCAAGCGGGAGAUAACUAGAGCAUGCACCACUCUGGCGAGACAGUCUGCAGGCAGGUAGGGUCUCAGCCUGCGUACCAGGUGGAGUUGGUAGACAGCUGCCCUGGAUACAGAAUUGACCUGCGCCUCCAUGGACAGCUGUGAGUCCAAAUUGACUCCCAGGCUGUGCACCUGGUCCUUCAGGGGCACAGUUACCCCCAUUCAGGACCAGGGAGUCCUCCACACCAGCCCGCCCCCUGUCCCCCAAAAACAGUACUUCUGUUUUGUCAGGAUUCAACCUCAAUCCAUUAACCGCCUCCAGGCACUCACACAGGACCUUCACCGCCUUCACUGGUUCUGAUUUGAAAGAGAGGUAGAGCUGGGUAUCAUCUGCAUAUUGAUGGACACCCAGUCCAAACCCCCUGAUGAUCUCUCCCAGCGGCUUCAGAUAGCUGUUACACAGCAUGGGGGAGAGGAUGGAACCCUGAGGCACCCCACAAGUGAGGGCCCAGGGGUCUGAACACUCAUCCCCCACCACCACUUUCUGAACACGGCCCAGGAGGAAGGAGCGAAACUACUGUAUAACAGUGCCCCCAGCUCCCAGCCCCUCUAGACGGUCCAGAAGGAUUUUAUGGUCGAUUGUAUAAAAGGCUGCUGAGAGAUCCAGCAGAACUAGGAAACAGCUCUCACCUUUGUCCCUAGCUCGCCGGAGAUCAUCAACCAGCGCGACCAAGGCAGUUUCAGUCCCAUGAUGAGGCCUGAAUUCCGAUUGGAAGGGAUCCAAAUGGUCUGCAUCCUCCAGGUGUGCCUGGAGUUGUUCAGCAACCACUCGCUCCAUCACCUUGCCCAAGAAUGGAAGAUUUGAGACUGGGCGAUAGUUGGCCAUACUGGCCGGGUCUAGAGAUGUUUUUUUAAGAAGCGGUUUAAUGACUGCCUCUUUCAGCAGAUCUGGGAAUGUUCCCUCACAGAGGGAAGCAUUCACCACCCCCCAGAGCCCAUCUCCCAGCCCUUCCCGGCUUGCUUUUAUUAGCCAGGAUGGGCAAGGAUCAAGGAGACAGGUUGUUGUUUUCACGUGUCCAAGCAGUCUGUCCACAUCCUCUGGGGUAACGGAUUGAAAUUGAUCCCAUGCAACUUGACCAGACAGGGCUCUAGCACUCUCCCGCCCCAGCCCUGCUCCCAUGGUGGUGUCUAGCUCCUUCCGAAUAUGAGUGAUUUUAUCUGCAAAAAACUUCGUAAAAUCGUUGCAGGAGAUCUUGGGGUCUUUACAAGGCCCCGCUGGUAAAGGUGGUUCCGUUAAAUUGCGGACCACCUAAAAGAGUCUCCUGCUACUAUUUUCUGCAGAUGCAAUAGAGGCGGUGAAGAAAGUCUUCUUCGCCGUCGCUAUCGCCACUUGGUAGGCUCGACGUUGAGCUCUAACCUGUGUCCGGUCAGAUUCGGAAUGAGUUUUCUGCCACCGACGCUCUAGCCGUCUCAGCGAUUGUUUCAUCGCCCUCAGCUCUGAAGAAAACCACGGGGCUGUCCGGGCUCCAUGCAAUCGGAGAGGGCGCUUCGGAGCCAGACAGUCGAUAGCCCUGGUUAACUCCGCAUUCCAGCGGGCCACCAGGGAAUCAGCUGAAAGGCCAUCAACAUGGGAUAAGGCAUCCCCUACCACUCUCUGGAAACCAUUUGGAUCCAUUAAGUGGCGGUGGUGGACCAUCCGAAUUGGUCCCACCUCCCUGCAGAGGGGAAGGGUCGUGGAGAAGUCCAGUUGCACCAGGAAGUGAUCUGACCAUGGCACUUCUUUUGUUUCACAAAAGGUUCACCAAAUAUUGGCUUGGCUAACCAGCCAGCCAUUUUUUGUCAUCCCACCCUGUGUCCACUGAGAGUUUGGGAGAGGGUCUUCCCUCAUUGGUUCAGGGUGAGAAGAAGGUAAGAAACUAUCGAGUCCUCCUGGUGCUUGGCUGGGGCAAUUCCUCUUCUGUACUUGCUUGAAAACCGCAAUGGAAAUGAGGUAGAGAUCUCUCUCGCCACAGGUCUGGGAGCACUCGCCCCAGGCGAUGUGGCUGUUGGGAUGCGUCCAAGGAAACGGGGGCAAUUGGCAGGCCCCCAGCUGGCUCCAGCCCAGCAGCCGGCAGCCGGGCAAUCUCCGGUACUUGGAUCAGCAGGUAACUGCGACCCGAGCCUCCAAAACCUUCAGAGGCUGAGCACGCAAGCCAGCAGAGAAAACAACUCUCCACAACAGAAGGGCGGAUAGAGGCUGUGUAAAGCGUAUUUACAGGCAUUUUAUUCAGCAUCAGGGCAAAGGGAAAAACAUGUCUUCUCUCCUUCGUGUCCAAGCAAGCAGCAUAAGCAAAAGCUAUACACAAACGGAAGUUCCCAGCAAGCUGUUUUCUGUGCUGGAGUGUAAACAGGCAUGUGACAUGCAACAGUCAUGCCAGUUCCUCUUAAGGUGGAAUGGAAUAUCUUAACAGUGGCUUGUGGAUGCUUGGCUAUCCUGGGGAUCAAAGACCGUUUUUGUAUCACUUCCCUUUCCUCACUCGUCCUGGUGUCCUCUCUCUCUGUGUUGCAGCCCACCGCCUGAACCAGACCCGGGGGCUCGGAUUCUCCCCCCAGAAGACGGUGACUCCAGGCAGCCCCCAGACAGGCAGCCCCAGUGCCCAGCGCCGGGCUGAAGCCAUGAGCCAGCACAAGCUCUCCGAACCCCUCCGUGGCGGGGAUAAGCGGCUCUCCGCUGGAGGGGACCCGAGCCACACGAAAGGGACCCGUCCCGGACACCCCGCCAAGGGGCCUGGAGGAGACCACACCCCUCCGCGGCAGGUGCCAGGGGGUCCUUUGACCACGAAGCACGACGGGCUGCCCUCAAGGUCUGGCCAGAGCUCUGCCAGCCCACUGAGGGGGCCCACGGUUCAGCGGGACACCGGUGACUCGCGGCUGUCCAACACCCUCAGGUAAUGUAGGUUGUUUUCUGGAUGGAGGAAGUUGCCUUAUCCCGAGUUGUUCCCUGGGUCCAGUUAACUGGUCUACACAGACCAGCAGCAGUUCUGCAAGGUUUCAGACAAGGGGUCUUUGCCAUCCUUACCUAGUGUCAAGGGCUGGGCAGAGGAGGAAUGGUGGAGACUGCCUCCCUAGCCUAAUAAUAAUAAUUUAUUAUUUAUACCCCAGCCAUCUGGCUGGGCUUCCCCAGCCACUCUGGGUGGCUUCCAACCAAAUAUUAAAAUACAGUAAUACAUCAAACAUUAAAAGCUUCCCUAAAGGGGGCUGCCUUCAGAUGUCUUCUAAAAGUUUGGUAGUUGUUUUUCUCUUUGACAUCUGGUGGGAGGGCGUUCCACAGGGCGGGUGCCGCUACCAAGAAGGCCCUCUGCCUGGUUCCCUGUAAUUUGGCUUCUCGCAGUGAGGGAACCACCAGAAGGCCCUCGGUGCUGGACCUCAGUGUUCGGGUAGAACGAUUUAUUAUUUAUAUCCUGCCCAUCUGGCUGGGUUUCCCCAGCCACUCUGGGUGGCUCCCAACAGAAUAUUAAAAACACAAUAAAACAUCAAAUAUCAAAAACUACCCUAAGUAGGGCUGCCUUCAGAUGUCUUCUAAGAGUCAGCUAGUUGUUUAUUUCCUUGGCAUCUGAUGGGAGGGCGUUCCACAGGGCGGGCGCCACUACUGGGAAGGCCCUUCCAGAGAAGACAGUUCAGAAUUACAUCAGGGGUUUGAGGGAGGUCACAGCUCAGAGGCAGAUGAGGGGGAAAGUUGGGAAAUAAUGGGAGAAGAGGAAGAGGAAGAACCAGGAGGGCAACAGCCGAAGGACACAGUGUCUUUAGAAAGCAUUCCAGACCCACUCCCCUCUCCCAGAACCUGGCGAGCCUUGAAAGUAGGAAAGCAAAGGGCUCAGAAGCAAAAGGCCCUCAGUGCCACCUGUAGAAGAGAUGAUGCAUGAGGAAGUCGGGAAAAAAGGGGGUGGAGACUCACUCAGGACAACACCAUUAUUCCAAGAGGCUGCCUUCCCAAGCCUCUCUCUGUGAAUAUUGAAUAAAAAGCAGGUGGUAAGAACUUUUCCUUGUCUUAUCCGCUCCUGGCAACCUGCCGUGGGAGCUGGUUCCUCUCCACUAGAGAUGCUGAGGAUCUUUGUAACACCAACUCAUGCCAAUACACACACAGGGUACCGUUCUGUGGUCCUGUGCAGAGAUGUUAUUAGAGCAUCCCAGAGCAGACUUUUGUGCAGAUUGCUUGGAAAAGGUCAGUACAAGUCACCUGAGCCUUGGGAAGCCCAUAGAGCUUUCCAAGAGUGUCGCUCGUUUGACUUCCUCCUUCGGCUCUAUGCCAUUCUGAAGGGAGAAGACCAUCAGGCAGGAAACGGCUUUUAGUAUCUCCUGGGUAAAGGGAAGCUUCUGAGCAGGACCCGGGUGCAACAGCACUUUCUCCACUGCUGCCCCCCGGCAGUGGAAGGGGGACAUAUCCAUCAUGACAGCCGUCCCCUCCGUGAACUUGCCUAGUUGUUUUCUCAAGCCAUCCAACUUGGCAAGCAUUGCUGUAUCCAACAGCUAAACAGAUGCACGAAGGCGCAGAGAGCCUUAAGGUUCCUCCUCUGGGUGGCUGCAAUGGAAGUCCUCCUCCCUUAGGCUCCAGCUUCACUGUCAUAAUGAUGGAAAACAUAACCUGUACAACUGUUGUAGGAAACAGCCAGCCCGUGGGCCUGGGAUAGAUCAGUCAGUAAAGCAUGAGACUCUUAAUCUCAGGGUCGAGGGUUCGAGCCCCGUGUUGGGCAAAAGAUUCCUGCAUUGCAGUGGCUUGGAAUAAUAAUAAUAAUAAUAAUAAUAAUAAUAAUAAUAAUAAUUUUAUUAUUUCUACCCCCGCCCAUCUGGCUGGGCCUCCCCAGCCACUCUGGGCGACUUCCAACAAAGAUUAAAAAUACAUUAAAAUGUCACACAUUAAAAACUUCCCUGAACAGGGCUGCCUUUAGAUGUCUUCUAAAUGUCAGGUAGUUGUUUAUCUCUUUGACAUCUGAUGGGAGGGCAUUCCACAGGGUGGGCGCCACUACCAAAAAGGCCCUCUGCCUGGUUCACUGUAGCUUUGCUUCUCGCAAUGAGGGAACCGCCAAAAGGCCCUCGGCGCUGGACCUCAGUGUCCGGACAGAACGAUGGAGGUGGAGACACUCCUUCAGGUAUACCGGGCUGAGGCCGUUUAGGGCUUUAAAGGUCAACACCAACACUUUGGGGGCAGCUGCCAAGACCAUAUAUCACCUGUCCUGAAUUACCUACAUUGGCUCCCAGUACGUUUCCAAGCACAAUUCAGUCACCAGUCUAGUUGCCGCAUUCUGGAUUAGUUAUAGUUUCCGGGUCACCUUCAAAGGUAGCCCCACGUAGAGCGCAUUGCAGUAGUCCAAGCGGGAGAUAACCAAAGCAUGCACCACUCUGGCGAGGCAGUCCGUGGGCAGGUAGGGUAGAUGGCCCUUGUAAUCCCUUCCCACUAAUUAACUAUGAUUCAUGACAAAUUAUCUAAAUUUUCUAAUCAGACCACCUAGCCCUUGUAGGAUUGGCCCACUAGGAUGCUGUUGUUUUUUUGGCAGAUGUCACCUCCACGACCUUUCCCCAGCCUGAUCCCAUUUGACACCUUUCCACAAUACUGAGCUGAUUUCCAAUUUCAACUUUUUAUAUGUUUUUUUUUAAUUAAAAAUGUGGUUUCAUGUAUAAUUGUUGUAAGCUGCUCUGACGUUUAUUAACUUAUUUAUUCAUAAAAAUAUUUGCAUGCUGCUGUGUUGUUGUUGUUGUUUUAAGAAAAUCAAAGCGGUUUACAGCAAUGAAACAUAAAAACUAUACAGUAAAACUAUUUAAAAGGUUUAAGACAGCUACCAGUUAACCCUUGCGGAAGGAUGUAUUCCUAAUCGUAGGCCAGGGGUAAUAGUUGCCUGCUGAAAGUUGCCUGCUGAAUCUCUAGUGGCAGAAUGUUCCACUGGACUGGGCCGAUGACACUAUUUGUUUGUUUUAAAAUUUAUUAAACUUAUAUACCGCCCUUCAUCAAGAGAUCCCAGGGUGGUUCACAGAAUGAAAUACAAGGUAAAACACAAGUAAAUAAUUAAACUGAAAUAUCAAAACAAUAACCACCACCCUUGUUGUUGUCAAACGAUCCUCACCAAUUCAGGGAACAAACCACAACUCUUUGGCAGAUGACCUCAAUGCAAUACAACUGGGAUAUAAGGAUUCAGGCUUUUUAAAUUAGCACAAGAAACUUGAACCUGGCUCGGUAGUAGAUGGGCAGCUUUUUUAAGAAUGGUGUCACGGCAAGAAACUCGAGUCAACGGUCCGGCUGCCACAUUUUGCACCAUUAUUGUGAAUGGCAUUAUAGAAAUCUUUUUGUAUGGAUAAAUGCUAACGCUGCUAACCACCACAAUUGCCUUUCCCCCUCUGCUCUAGGCCCCCCAGAGCCCGGCGUCUUUCUGGAGACAGCGAUUCCUCAGCGUCCUCCGCGCAGAGCGGCACUUUGGGAAGGCGGCACAAUGAAGAUGGCGGCGGCAGCGGCCCAGCACUCAGGAAGGAGCCUGGGCGGCGGCUGGGCGAAGGGACCAGCCCUCAGGCCCAUGCCAGCCCCAAGAGGCAGCCGGCCAGCCGCAGCCAGUCACGAGACCGGGUGGACUUGCCAAGGCCAUCUCUGGCACCCCGGAGGACUGAGGCGGAAGAACGCGGCCGCCCCCGGAUGGCCAAUGGGCACCUCAAGCCGUCCGUGCAGCAGAGUCCUCGCCCACGGGCACGAAGCCAGGGGAGGCCCAGCGGGGAGCCCACCGUUCUGGUCAUCAGCCGAGGUACGGACGGGCAGCACUCUUGGGUGCGGGCCGAAGACCCCAAGGAGAGGCCCGGGGGCUCUGGAAGAAGCACCCCCAGGACCAAGAGCCCAGCCAGGUGGGCGCCAGGGACGCCGGUGGGGUCUCGGAGCCCGGCGCUCGCCAACCGCAGGGGGUCUCUCCCCGCCACGAAAACGACAGACCCCCGGCCGCGGACGCCGCCUCCCUCGGCCUGCGGGACUCUGAGGCAGAAGCAGCCAGCUUUGGGGGGAUCCCGCGGGGCCACGAGGCAGCAGCCCCGGCCUGGUGGGAGCGGGCACUCGCGGCAGCCCUCAGACAGUUUAGGACGGGAGCUGGAAGAACUGGCUCACACCUUCCGGACCCCUCUGCGCCUGGACCCCAGCCAGGAGCAGCAGCUGUUCCGGCGACUGGAGGAAGAGUUCCUGGCCAACUCCCAAAUGAUGGGCCUGGUGGUGGAUGGGGAGCCAGAGCAGUUAGAGCCCCUGGGCCGGGCCUGCGACGGCCCCCGCCUCCUGCAGACCACCCCAGAUCAAGGAGCCGCUGACUCGGCCUACUGCUCCUCCAGCUCGUCCUCGUCAUCCCUCAACUUCUUCAGCAAGUACGGCCUCCCAAGCGAGGCGAAAGACGAGCCCAAGAGGAACGCCGCUUCCCAGAGGCCGGGGGUCCCCGAAGCGGGCACCGCGGUGCCCCCCGACUUCCACAACGGCUCGGCCGACACCUGCGAGCUGUGGGACUUGCCAGUGCCUCUGGAGCGAGCCACGCGCUGGAGGAAGCCGGCUCUGUCCAGCUCCUCGGACGAGAGCAAUUGCUACGUCUGCCUGAAUGACCUGCAGGAGGUCCAGGAAGGGGCGGAGCUUCCCGAGCCUCUGACGGACAGCCCGUGGGGCAUCACGGAGGCGGUUGAUUCGGACCUGGGCUCUCCGCCCCGCGAGGCCGCCGAGGGGUCCGCUCCCUGCGAGGAAGUCGUGCUGCGCCCGAAGUCGUCCCUCAAGAAGCCUGACCGUGUGCCUUCCAUCUACAAACUCAAACUGCGCCCCAUGAUCAAGCCUCGCACCGACUCCCAGCCAGACAAGACCCCUUCGAAAAUCCCCACGCCCCUCAGCUACAAGGCGGCGGGGGUGGGCAAGUCUCCAGCAGGGGGCGCCUCGCCCAAGGGCAGCCCUUCCAAGCGCCCUCCAGAGCAGUACCGACCCUGGGCAGCCUUCCACAACGUCUUCGCCUCCCUUGUGGAGCCUUCCCACGGCCCGGCGGAGUCCGGGGUGGCCGACGAGGGCGCCUGGGCAUGAGGGGUGCCAGAGGGCAACCGGCUGCCUCCUCUCUCCUUCCUGGCUGCUUCAGUUGCCCAGCCUUCCUUCCCCCGUCCCUCGGGCACUGUUCCUUCGGUGACCUCAAUAUUGCUGCUGUUCUGAACGGAUUGUGUGGGUGGAGAUGCCUUUAAUUUCUAAGGUGGUUCUUCCAUUGGGGUUUGGUUUUGAAUUGUGGCUGGAGAGUGGCAUGGCUUCGUAGCAAAUUUGUGUAUAUGUGUGUGUGUGAGAGAGAGAAGCUUUCAGGGGAAAGUCUUUGGACACUGGAUAACACAGCGAGGAGCUUCUGACGUGGUCCGAUAUUCGCUCGCAUCGGCCGUUGUAAAAUUCUUUUGAGUCGGCUUUGAUCGCCUUCCACCUCCUUCCCCAGUCUUCCAAUUCAAGUAGCACUUUUGACCUCUAAACCUCUUGCUCCCUUCUCAUGUAACCCCUGCCUCAGCUUUGACAUCCUUGGGCAGCUUCCCCUUGGGGAUGUUUUAAAAAGGCGCCUUCCCAGCUGAGUGGACGCUAUAGACCCUUGGGAGUCUUGCAAAUAGUGGUGACUCAAAGUGGGAAGGUGCUUAAUGUGCACAGGAUGGGGGAGGCCCCACACAGAGACUGGGGGAGCCUCUCCCCACUAGGCCAGCUGACAGCGUUUUCUGCAGAUUAUCUAUUUUUUAAACGAGUCGCGCUUUUGGAGAGAGAGGGUCUCGCUGAAGUCUUGCACAUGAAUUCCUCUUCAGACAGACCCUCUCGGCGUCCUGGGAUCUGGGCCGUUAAGACUCCUUCCCCCUCAACCAGACCAACCCCCUGCCCCCCCCCAAAUGUACUGUAGGUGUGUUUAAAUAAUCUAUGCAUAUUUAUAUAAAUACAACCGAGUGUGUCCGCUCGCCUCCUGAGCGCUGCCUCCCGUAUAGUGCCCGCCUUCCGACCCCACGAAUGUAGCUAAUUGAACUGACCCGCGAGCUCUCGGAACCCAGAAAGUAAAAAAAAGAGGACAAAUCAUG